CCUGAAUCCGGUUUGGCUCUUGAUCCACUGAUCCACUAACCCUCCCUGAAUCUGGUUUGGAUCCUGAUACUGAUCCACUAACCCUCCCUGAAUCUGGUUUGGAUCCUGAUACUGAUCACUAACCCUCCCUGAAUCUGGUUUGGAUCCUGAUACUGAUCCACUAACCCUCCCUGAAUCUGGUUUGGAUCCUGAUACUGAUCCACUAACCCUCCCUGAAUCCUGUUUGCCUCCUGAUACUGAUCAACUAACCCUCCCUGAAUCCGGUUUGGCUCUUGACACUGAUCCACUAACCCUCCCUGAAUCUGGUUUAGCUCUUGACACUGAUCCACUAACCCUCCCUGAAUUUGGUUUGGCUCCUGAUACUGAUCCAUUAACCCUCCCUGAAUCUAGUUUAGCUCCUGAUACUGACCCACUAAUCCUCCCUGAAUCUGGUUUGGCUCCUGAUACUAAUCAACUAACCCUCCCUGAAUCUGGUUUAGCUCUUGACACUGAUCCACUAACCCUCCCUGAAUCCGGUUUGGCUCCUGAUACUGAUCCACUAACACUCCCUGAAUCUGGUUUAGCUCCUGAUACUGACUCACUAACCCUCCCUGAAUCUGGUUUAGCUCCUGAUACUGAUCCACUAACCCUCCCUGAAUCUGGUUUAUCUCCUGAUACUGAUCAACUAAUCCUCCCUGAAUCUGGUUUGGCUCCUGACACUGAUCCACUAAGCCUCCCUGAAUCUGGUUUGGCUCCUGACACUGAUCCACUAACCCUCCCUGAAUCUGGUUUGGGUUUGAUCCACUAACCCUCCCUGAAUCUCCUGAUACUGAUCCACUAACCUUCCCUGAAUCUGGUUUGGAUCCUGAUACUGAUCCACUAAUCCUCCCUGAAUCUGGUUUGGCUCCUGAUACUGAUCCACUAACCCUCCCUGAAUCCUGUUUGCCUCCUGAUACUGAUCAACUAACCCUCCCUGAAUCCGGUUUGGCUCUUGACACUGAUCCACUAACCCUCCCUGAAUCUGGUUUGGAUCCUGAUACCGAUCCACUAACCCUCCCUGAAUCUGGUUUGGCUCCUGAUACUGAUCCACUAACCUUCCCUGAAUCUGGUUUGGAUCCUGAUACUGAUCCACUAAUCCUCCCUGAAUCUGGUUUGGCUCCUGAUACUGAUCCACUAACCCUCCCUGAAUCCUGUUUGCCUCCUGAUACUGAUCAACUAACCCUCCCUGAAUCCGGUUUGGCUCUUGACACUGAUCCACUAACCCUCCCUGAAUCUGGUUUAGCUCUUGACACUGAUCCACUAACCCUCCCUGAAUUUGGUUUGGCUCCUGAUACUGAUCCAUUAACCCUCCCUGAAUCUAGUUUAGCUCCUGAUACUGACCCACUAAUCCUCCCUGAAUCUGGUUUGGCUCCUGAUACUAAUCAACUAACCCUCCCUGAAUCUGGUUUAGCUCUUGACACUGAUCCACUAACCCUCCCUGAAUCCGGUUUGGCUCCUGAUACUGAUCCACUAACACUCCCUGAAUCUGGUUUAGCUCCUGAUACUGACUCACUAACCCUCCCUGAAUCUGGUUUAGCUCCUGAUACUGAUCCACUAACCCUCCCUGAAUCUGGUUUAUCUCCUGAUACUGAUCAACUAAUCCUCCCUGAAUCUGGUUUGGCUCCUGACACUGAUCCACUAAGCCUCCCUGAAUCUGGUUUGGCUCCUGACACUGAUCCACUAACCCUCCCUGAAUCUGGUUUGGCUCCUGAUACUGAUCCACUAACCCUCGUUGAAUCUGGUUUGGCUCUUGACACUGAUCCAUUAACCCUCCCUGAAUCUGGUGUGGCUCCUGACUCUGAUCAGCAAUGUCUGUCUCAAUUUGGUUUGACCAGUGACACUGAAUCUUGUCUGACCACUGUCACUGAGCAACUAUCCCGGUCUGAAUCCUGUUUGACCCCUAAAACUGAUCAGUUAGAAACAUCCAAAUCAUGUUUGGCUCCAGGCAGUGAUUACAAAGUAUUGUCUGAAUCUAGUUUGGCCUCUGACUUUGAUCAGCUAGCACUGUCUGAAUCUCGUUUAACUAACUACACUAACCAUAAAGUCCUGUCACAGUCUGAUUUAGCUGUUGACAUUAAGCAUCUCAUAGCUUCCGAGUCUUGUGUUGCCCCUUACACUACGCACAUGGCCCUGUUUGAAUCUUGUUUGACCCCUGACAGUGGUCAGCUAAUAAUGUCUGAAUCUGGUUUGACCAGUGGCACCGAUUCAGCAGACAUGUAUGAAUCUGUUGUUGCUCCUGGCACUGAUCAGCAAGCAAUUAUUGAAUCUAGUUUGUCCUCUGACUCUGACUCUGAAUUAGGCCCUUAUAUUGACCAAUUUGAAUCUAAUUUGGAACCAGAGAAUGAUCUGGAAGACCCAGGUGACUCUGGUUUGACCCCUGAAAUUGAUUGGCUAGCCCAAUCUGAAUUGGCUUUGGCCCUUGACACUGAAUUGGCUAUGGCACUUGGCACUGAAUCUGUUUUGAGUUCUGAUUCUGAUAAUCUAUCACAAUCUGAAACUGAUUUAGUCACCAACAAGCUAUCUUUGCCUGAAUCUAGUUUGUCUCCUGACACUGAACUUCUAGCCCAGCCUGGAGCUGUUGUAAACACAGAGAGGCCACCACUACCUGAAAAUGUUUUGUCCUAUGAAGAGGGACACAUGUCAGAAUCUGAUUUGGCUGAAUUUGGCAUUAUUUUAGACACAGAACAAUUAACCACCACCAGACUUAGCUCAGUCCCCGAUGAUGAACAACUACCCCAGGCUAAAUCGGCCUUAACCCAAAUAACUACUGGACUGCCAUUGUAUGAAUCUGACUUGACACCUAGCACUGAUAAGCCCACAGCAGUAUGGGCUUUUACCCAUGACCCUAACCAACUGCCCUUUACAAAAUCGGACUUGACUGAUGAAAAUGAACAUCCACACUUUGUUCAAUAUGGUUUGACACCAGACACUGAAAGUCCACUUUUAUCUCAACCUGUUUUGACCUCUAGUAAUGUAGAGUUUUCCUCCUCCAAAGUCUGUUUAUCUUCUGAGCCUAACCAUUAUUCCCUUCCUGAAUGUUAUUUCACUCCUGUCGAUGAGAAGCUGCCUUUGUCUGAUAUUUGUUUGUCCACUGUAACCAAACAUCAACUCCAGCAUCAACCCAGUAAGCUGAUUAAUGCUCACCCAGCAGAACCCACCCUUUCUGGAUACUGUGUUACUGGUGACAAUGUUUGUGUGCCUGAGUCUGAGUGGUUUCGAAAUGAAGACUUGCCCCAGACACAGCUUCCAUUGACCAAUGAAACUGAGAAGUUUUCCUUAGAUGAAAGUGGUUUCCCCCCCAACCAGUUCCCUCAAAUAGAGCUUUCCUUGACCCCGUACACAGAGAACCUACCUUUAUCUGAGUUGCAUUUGCCUCCUAAAACUGAUCAACUGCCUCUAGUUCAACAUCUUCUAGACUGUGCUCAGGUACCAUUAUCUAGUACCGGUUUACUUGAAAACUGUGAAAAUGAGGAGCAGUUCUUACCUAAUGAAAGAGCAAAACAAAACCCUUUCAAGGUGCACCAGAUUGAACUUGGUUUCUCGCCAAUGUCUGACAUUUUCACUAGUUUAUCCCCAGAAACACGUGAGUUGGAUUGCUAUGAGGAAGAUCUGUUUUCACUAUUUUGUUCCGAUACAACUCAGGAACUCAACCUGUCGUCAUGCACUGACCACCUAACCCUAUCGGAGGACUUCUUAUCACUUACUGAAGUGUUUACGCAUUUCGAAGCUGAUCUGUUAAAUCAACAGGAUGAAAAGGAAGAUCAAGUCGGUUACCAAAACAGCGAGUUAAGCACGCAUCCAGUGGACCAAACAUACAGAGCUGAACAGUUAGACUUUGCUGAGUUCGAUCCAGUUUGUAGAACUGGACAACUACUGGAGUCUCUUAAUGAAAAUACUUCAAAUUCCAGGACAAACGUACCUGUUGAAAGCAUCAGUUUUUCUUUUGACCAGUCAUGUACAUCCGUUAAAACCAAACAGUCUACUGGAGAUAGUUUUGAAGAUUGUUUGACUCCAGAUUGUGUUGAUUCCAGUUUUAAAUGUCUUAGUACAGAGACUGAUGAGACACCCUACCUCUAUUUGGAAUUUCUGUUUGACCCUGACAGAAUACCCCAUGAAGGAGAUAAUGUAUCAUUUUGCAUUAAUCACACACAAAUACCUCCAUCAAGUUUGGAUUCUUCAUCUGAAAAUGUUGAGUUACCAUCUUCUAGCGUAGCGGAUUACUUGUCGGUUUGCAGAUUGAAUGUGGAAAAUGAACAUUUACCUCUCUCUUUGUCUGGCUCCCAAAUGAACUCUGGAUUUUUAUCACUCUCUAAAAUUGGCUCACUUGUUCAGCAUCCCGUAUUGCCAAUAGCUAGCCAACUCUCCCCUGCAAAUCUCUGCUCUGAGGACUUCCCAAUAUCUCAAACCCUAUCGGAUUCUUCCCUUGACUCGAGCCAGAUGAGCCAAUCAAAUUUUAAAUCACCAAUUGAAAUAAACCAAUCACAAUUAGGUUCUCUCAAUGAAAACAGUCGAUUGCCUCUAAUUGUUGUUACAAAUUCCUUAGAUGAGUCGAGUCAAUUCAACCAGGUACAUUCAUUAGAUGCAAAGGAGAACAUGACACAAUCUUUGGAGACAUUUCUUCCUGAAUCUGUUGAGUGCUCCAAACCACAAAUUGAUGUUCCCCUUGUACCUGACCUUUUGCCUCCAUGUGACAUUAUAGAACAACUGCCCUUGCUACGUUCUGUCAUACCCCAAGAAACAAAAUAUCUACCGCCAACUCAAGCAAAGUCGCAGCUUGAUGAUGAUGAUGACUUUUCUCCGUGUGAGCUAGUGGAUCAGUCUCCCCAAUCUCAGACAGUAGUACCUUACGAAGAAAGUCAGUUGACCCCAACUAGCGCUCCUGUUAAGUUGUCACUAUCUUUUAUUAGUUCGACCUAUGAAACGGACACUUUACCCUCCUGUGAGGUCACUGGACAACAGCCCAUUUCAACCCAUGACUCGUCUGCUCCUUCAACUGAAGAGUUGGUCUGUGACCCAGGCUUGGGGUUCCCGUUGGACACUGACUCGUCAUGUCUUGGAGAGGAAGUGCUACGUCUCAGAGCUGUGUUUGACGCUCUGGAUAGAGAUAAAGAUGGAUUUGUAAAGAUGGAAGACUUUGUGCAGUUUGCCACGGUGUAUGGUGCAGAGCAGGUAAGAGAUAUAUUUAGGAAAUGUAAAUCCUAUGCUAGCAGGACAGGAUUCAUAUGUAUAUGUAUGUAAUAUCCAUUUACAGGUCGUCUAAAUCCUCAGCUAUAUUAGCAAUAUUUUUCGAUUUGGUAAAAUUACUGCAAUACAGAUUAAAUUUCCUGAAAUUAGAAGUAUAGUGAAUGACCUAUCUAUCUAUCUGUCUGUCUAUCUCUCACUGAGUGUCUGUCUGUCUAUCCUUAUCAAUCUGUCUGUUUGUCUGGUUCUAUUAACAUAGCUUGAUAUAAAUACAUUUCUGUGGAGUCCACUAGUAGUAACCCGGGCCCAGCUGUUGGAAGUAGGUGCCUGGAUACAUUAGAAUAAAUUGGCACAAUGAAAUGAAAAGCAAUAAAUAUCACAUUAAAUCUAAUAAGGAUACAACAGAUAUCCUGGUCUCUGGGAAACAAUUGCCUCUGCCUGAAUCUGAAGCCAUUCAUCAGUUGGAAUGUGCUGAGCCUGUGUGUUUAUAUGGCUAGGCCAGAACUCUGUCAGUCAGUGCAUUUAACCCUGUCGGAGAGCACCUGUGCCUUGAACGCUAUUGGCUUUAGUAAAAAUUAUUUGGUGUAGUUUACAUAUUACCUGAUUUUAUUUUAGUUUGCAAUACAAAGAACGACCAUUUAAAGGAUGCUGGGGGGCCGUGCCGUGCCGCCAUUGGACGCCUGUCGCUAGCAUGCUGCUCGUGCUGACGUCAGGCGUUUUAAUAUGGACGUAAUUUUACAUUAGCCAGUCCGGAAUGCAUGAUCUGGGCUAGCUAAUGUCAGUCACCCCAAUGAAGCUGCUGUAGCUGGAGAGAGGGAUAAACUCAGUAUGUGCAGUGUUUCGUUAAAAAUACACACUCCAGGACUAUUUCAAACCAGUGAAGUAGUCAUGGUACUUGGUGUGUUCAUUAAUUAUUAUUUUCAUGUAAAUAAAAUCAGAAGUAAAUGUAUUUGAAAUUAUUCCGUAGAGAUGUGAUUGUUUAUCAGCAUGGAUGCGUCUGUCCUGGAUUGCAUCAUACAUUAUAAAACCAACAAGGCGAGUUAGCAAGGCAGGUGCAAAGAAAGGGGCAAGAAAAGGCUGAGAUGAAAAAAAUAGCCAAGUUUAAGAAUUUUUGCACUUUUUUGACCUACAUUUACAAACACAUUGUAAAUUCUUCAGCGUUCCAGAGUAAAUGUUACUGAGGCAUUUACUUGGAACAGGUGUGUAGUGUUGUGUGGUAUUAAUAUCAAGUAUCCCGUGCAGCCAUUUUCCUGUGAUGUUGUGUGGUACCUCUUCAAUGGCAAAAGUGCAAAAAAUUGAGUAGUUUCCCCCAAAACGUCCAACUCAAGCCUGGCUAAUUGUCCUUUUUUUGGGGAGUUCAAUGGGAGGGCACUCCUAGCACCAUAACCACUGCCAGAGUGCUGUAGUGGUUAUGGUCCUUGUGAGUGUUCCUUUAAAUCACAAUCAUUUUUGGAGGGUUGAAGAGGUUCCUGGGAUGUAAUAAGAGUCUGCAAUAAGAUCCUGUUGCAAUUGUAGUAUGCCAUCGGUUGUGACCAGAACGGGGCAAAGGGCACAUUUCCAGUUUUAACACCUAGAAGGGAACUAGCAACCAGUUUUUCUGCAACCUGUAACAGGCCUCACAAUAUUUAUUGCAGCUAUAGGUUUUUUCCCCUUAUGCUUGCCAGUGGUCUGGCCAGUUUCCCUUAGUGACACAAGCAGGAAUGUACAAUUCCCUGAAAUGAGGGUUGCUGUUGAUUUAAACGGAAAGAAUUCUGUCCCAUUAAUAAUGCACCUUGGUAAUUUCAGAAGCGCUAACGCUCAGGCGGAAUGGUUUGUGUAUCUAAAAAAGACGGCUGGAUCUUUUUAUUUGCAUUUCAAAUUACAGAAGCCUUGCUCAACGUAUAAAAAUUUCUGAAUUCCCUCUAUGUAAACCACAUCCCUCAAUCCCGUCUGUGGUUGGCUACGCCGAUGAGUAGCGUUUUUACAAUAUUUAAAUUAAUAUGACGGAUCUGCUCUGACCAGGCUUAAAAUCAAUUUGACGUUUUAGGUACAUUAUAUUCCAGGCCUCUUUUUUUGUGUUUCUGUUCUUUUGUUGUUUUAUUUUAAUUUAAUUUUGUCUCUUUAGUGUAAAUAAAGGUUUGUCUGACAUUUUGUUGUAGCAACUGUAAUGACUCACUUGGGUCCAUGCCCACAAAUAAGAUGGCUCCCCUCAUCAGGGACUUGUACACUGCACAUAGACAACCUUGAGCCAGACGCACAUUCUGAACGCUGAUUACCUGGUGACAGGCUGGUUACUCUGGCUGCCAUUAUAACAUGCUAUCGUUACCCCUGGCAUAGGGUCACCAUUGGUAGUCUGUAUCAGUGACUGACAUCACAGGGUUAGCUGGGAAUUAAUAUCAGAGUAUUGGUACUUAUAGGUAUAUGGCUGGACUGUGUGUAGAAGGAAUAAGCGAGUUACGGAGGAAAUUGGAAGAAUUUUAUCUGAAUUUGCAGAGAAUUAGAAAAAUGUUAUGCUAUUGGCUGGAUAGCCAUCCUCACUCAUCAAGACUAGGUUCUCUAAAUCUGUGUUGUUGGUGACUUUUCCAGAGAAAUACCCAUUAUAUGGUAUAAAUGGAUCAAUAGGAAAAUAUUAUAUAACAUAAUGGGAAAUGUAUGCAGUGCAGAAAAGACAUGAGACCCGUACGGUGGUUUCCACUACAAGAAAAUGUGGUCAGUCCUGUCUAUAAGGAAGUGCAUAGGGCAGCCUCAUCUAGUUGGUGUUUCGGGUCUUGUCUCUUCUUAGUACACUAACCUGGGAUUUGUAGAAUAAAUUGUAACUUUUUAAUUUAUAACAAACAUAAACUGAGCUCAUUGGUUUUACUCUUGUGUGGUACAUCUAGAUGCUGUGAGAUGGCCACCUGAAGUGUGACCCAAGAUUGUCCAAUCUUGGGAAAGGUGUUGCAGCAUUAGCUGGAGGUCAAAUGUUAGGUCACCUUUGGUCUAGGCCAGAACUCCAUCAGUCAGCGUACCGUAACACGUUUCAGACUUUCAGACUCCAAUCUGUAAUGGAAUAAGAACCAUAGUCUAACCUGGGGAUAGGCAACCUUUGGCCUUCCAGAUUUUGUGGAGCUUAUCUUUUCUGAUGCUUUGCCAGAAUUAUGGGUAUUAUGGAAAAUGUAUUCCACAACAUCUAGUUGGCCUUCUCCUGGACUAACCCAAGGUUUUCCAACUCUAGACCUGCAUGUCCUGUUGGGCUGUAUUUCUAUUGGUUAGCACAGAACUAUAGGAAAUAGUCAGCAUACGUUGGCUAUUCGUGGUUGGGCCUUUCGUCUGACCCAUCGACUGUCUUCGUUUAGACCCUUAAUCUGGGAUAGAAGAGUGAGAAUGUAUUGGAGGAUUUGAGCAGUUUAAACACAAGCAUCAUUGUUCCCACAGUGUCCUGUCUCCUGCUGGCUGCGUUGCUUGGUAACUUCGAUGUGUGGGAUUCAGCCUGCUAUUUUGACGCCCGUGUCCCUGACAGGAGUAGGUCGAUAAGAAAAUGCCUGACUCAUCAAUCGAGCCCAGGGUUUAAUCACAGUCACUGUCUUGCUUGUCUCAUCGCCCUUUUAUUUAUCUCUGCUCAGCUCAUUCUUCUGUCACAUGCCAUUAGCAGCUCUUUCCUCUGACACUGUUUGGUACAUACCCUAACCAGUUAUAGACUGAUACACGCUGGAUGAGGGUAAUAAGAGUCAAUAGAUGCCUGGUGGACCCCAUUGCUCGGGAUCAGUUCAUAACUGUGUAUUUACUAAACACCUUAAAGGGACACUCCAGGCACCCAGACCACUUCUGCCCAUUGGAUGGGUCUGGGUGCCAACUCCCACUACCCUUAACCCUGCAACUGUAAAUAUUGCAGUUUUCAUAAACUGUAAUAUUUACAUUGCAGGGUUAACUCUACGCACUAGGUCUCUCCUGCCGCCAGCAGCGCAUGCGCAAUAGGGAGGAGCGUGUGCGGACCCUGAACCAGCGCCGAGGGACAUCGGUGCUGGCUAAAGGUAAGUCACUGAAAGGGUUUUAACCAAGUUCAGCAACUUGGGAUAGGGGGUGGGAGGGAGAGGGGACCUGCAGUGCCAGGAAAACGGAUUGUACUGCAGGUCCCCUCUCCCUCCUACCCCCUAUCCCAAGUUGCUGAAGGGGUUAAAACCCCUAUAGAUCCUAUAGCGCCAGGAAAACAAAGCCGUUUUCCUGGCACUAUAGGUUUCUAAAGAGCCCUCCUCCCUUGCACCCCCCCCUCACCCCCCCGCAUGGCUGAAGGGGUUGAAAACCUUUCAGUCACUUACCUGAAUCCUGCACCGAUGUCCCUCAGCACUGGGUCAGGCUCUGCCUGAUGCUUAGCUAUGGCCAAAAUCUGACACUGGAUGUCCUCAUGCAGAUAAUGUUUGACAUUGCAGCACUAAGUGCAAUAGGGACACAGCUCCCAGACCACUUCACUUAGCUGAAGUGGUCUGGGUGCCUGCAGUGUCCCUUUAAGUAAGUGCAGCACAGACUGUUAAAUCUUGCAUUGUUCCUUUGCUUUUAAAGUGUCACUGCAUAUAGAUCAGCUUAUUUAAAGAAAUUUUUUUGUUUUAUAUAUAAUUAACCUAUAAAUACAAUUACUAUAUCAUUACUGACUAAAAUAUUUAGUUUGGCGUUGGGCAUAUUUAAAUUACAUCAAACUGCAUUUACGCUCAUAUCAAUGAGGUGGUCUGGAUGCAGUGGUCCUGUCACUUUAACGCGACAAUAUAAAACACUGCAUUUUAAAAAAAAAAUCAUUUUUUUUUAGUAAGCAACAAUGUUUACAUCUUAGGGUUAAAUCUGUCUUCCUCACAGCCACUAGAAACGCUUACUCUUCCAAACUGAGUAAAACUAGGUUAUGGAAUCAAAUGUUGCCGAUAACAGCAUUUGAUUGGAGGAGUGCCAUGUUUGGCCGCGCAUGCCUAGUUCCAAUCCAAUGCUCCUUUAUGAGAAGCAAUGGAUUGGAGGAGAUUGCGGGUGAUGUCAGUUUGGAUGCUGACAUCACCGGAGGUGGAGCUGGAGGUUGCAGAAGAAGAGCCCCGGCUCUGAUAGAAGGGGAGUAAUUUCUCUCAAACUUUAAUUUUUAUCUUGGGAUGAAAGAAGGGAAUCUAUAAUCUUCAAGUAACGAUUGCAAAUGUAAUUGCUAUAGGUUCCCUUUAAGUACAAAAACAAAGUCCUUUGCCGCUCGCAGCCAAUCAGAAUGUAGCAUUUGAUGAGUUCAUAGAUUUAGCUGUCAUCACUCAUAGCCUGCAAAAUGUAGAGGAGAGAAAGGGUAAAAGAAACACUCCAAGCACCAUAACCACUACAGCGUGCCCUCGUUCCCCUACUAGGGUAAGUAGCCAAACCAUUUGCAAACCUAGGGAGCCAGGCAGCUCCUCCAGGAGAGAUGGAAAUUAUCUUCACAGAGCUAGCCCGGCAGUGCACAGCUUAGCUCAUUGGCAGAGCGUUGACACUUUCAGCCAAUAAGCCAGUCCCGCUUAAGCUGUGGUUGCCAUCCGGCAGAGCCUAGGGAAGUUGUCAAACUAACCACUACUGGAGAUAUUUCUGAGUCUGUUGCGGUAUUUAUAUGAGGCACCUAUGUACUAUAACCACAAUGCAGCCCGGGGAACCGUUUUUCAGUUGUGCGUAAAACCGUUUUCAAGUGGCUUGACAUAAACCGUGGAUCUUGUGGGGUAUAUAUAUGUAUAUAUUAAUGCCAUGCAUAUUUGGACUGUAUUCAUGGCUGGGUGUGUCAGCAGACAUUCUCAGCCAAUUAAUACAAUCCAAACAGAAUUUAUGUAUCUACUUACCUGCAGACUUCCUGCACUCACAAUAUGGCUCCCUGGACUGCAUGCAGCAGCUGCGCAUGUAGCCACUCUGAUACCGAAUUAUGUGAUUAGCUCCUCACAAUGAGUUAAGAGUUUUAUUUGGGGAGUGGGUUGGCUGCUUGCAGUACACAUAGAUGCGGUUAACCCCUGGAGGUCACAUUAAAGGGACACUGUAGUCACCCAGACCACUUCAACUCAUUUUUUGAGAAACUGCAAUAAUUACCUUGCAGGGCUAAGACUUCCUCUAGUGGCUGUAAACCAGACAGACACUAGAGGCACUUCCUGCUUGCUUGGCGACUUUUGGUUGCCUAACUGAAUCUGGACGUUAUCAUGCUCUGCAUGAGGACACCCAGCAUCCGUUAAAUCCCCAUAGGAAAGCAUUGAAGCAAUGCUAAUCUGUGGGGAGGGCCUAAUGAGCUUGCAGCGCAUGCACAUUAACUUUCCCACCCCGUCCAGAGGAGGAGGCGGAGUGCCGACCCAGCACCUAGAGAGAUUGGUGCUGGAAUCGAGUUAGAGUUACAAAAGUUUUUUAAUCUUUGAAGGGCAAUCCCUUUAACAAAGCACAAUAUAACUUUGUAUCUAUACAUUAGCUGCCAUAUUGGCUAACACAUAUAAAACUUUAAAGGAUCACUAUAGGGUCAGGAACACAAACAUGUAUUCCGGACCUUAUAGUGCCAAACCAAACAUUUAAGUGGCUUGCCCUCACCCCCUCUUCCCCCCUUGAAUCAAUGCAUCUCUAUGAGGAAAAUUCAGCAUCUCCAUGCAAAGCGUGGGGACGCUGAACGGUAGGGCUGCUUACUGUGCAGCCUUGAGCCAGGAAGCCCCUCCAGUGGCCAUCUGAGGAGUGGCCACUUGGAGGUGUCCCUAGGGGCAAUAUAAACACUGCCUUUUCAUAGAAAAGGCAGUGUUUACAUGAAAAUGCCUGAAUGCAAUGAUUAUACUUACCAGAACAACUACAUUGAGCUGGUGACUAUAGUGUCCCUUUAAGUAACAUUACAGGUGCAAUUUAAUAUAUAUGAUAAAUAUCACCCAAAUGCUAUUGGUUUGGGAACAGGGAUUGGCUAAGAUUUAAAGCUGUUCCCUUUUACAGUGAGAGUAUAGAAAUCAGAUUCCUUUAUAAAAAAGCAACAAAAAACAUUGAUACAGAAUAUUGUACAGCGCUACGGAAUUUUGCUGGUGCUAUAUAAAUAAUAAAAUAAUAAUAUGUGUUUUUGAAUCAUUGUCUUUAUAAUACAUUACAAUAAGGGGCUUACUUUGCUUGUAGGGUCCCUUUAAGGAACUUGGAACUUAUAUUUCAGUGGCGAUACUAAUAAAACCUGGACUAUAUGGGUGCCUAACAUCUAAUUGUAGUGAAUUUAAAACGUUACCGCAAUAUUUAGGCUUAAAUAGCUGAGCCAUUGGUAGCUGUGUUCAUUCAUUUUUCCAUUUGAGCUUUUCUGGUCUUAUUUGCAAUUCAAUUCACUACAAUCCGAUGUUUAGUGAAUCAGCCCCUUAAAACAACCCAUGGCCCAUUAUUUGGCUCUGAUCCGCCCCUGUGUGCAGUGCAUUUUCUCUCCGGCUUGUACUACUGAUAGUUUAGGAAAAGAUGCUUGCUGGAGAUUGCCACAAGCUAUAAUUCAAGGCAUGCUGUGCUGGGCAGCGAGAGCUGCUAAAUCACACUUAGCUCUUCAGUUUGAGCAAGGGGAGGGCAUUUAUUUGCAUUUUCCAGACAACUUGAAGCAUUUAAUGAUAAUUCUGUCAAAGGUGGGCCUGGAAUCAAGUAGGAAAAAGAGUGUUUAUUGGGAGUUGUAAUUUGUUCCCACUUGACUGCUGUUCCUGUAGUUUUAUUUAUUUAUGGUAGAAAGUCUAGUGGGGAUUAAGUUAUACAAUUUAGCACUGGAAGGGGUUAAAGGACUGCGUCUGAAGAAUUUUCAAGGAUGGAUCAGGUGAAAUAUCAUUUAAAAAAAAUAUGUUUUUCGUGUUUGUUCAUGGUGUUGUUUUGUUGUGUUUUUAUUUUUUUCUUUCCCUUUGAAUGGACACUUUAAUUGUUGUUAUAUCCAAGAGUGGUUAAUCUGCUUUCCCUGAGUUAAAGCAAUGAAAGACUAUUUCUUUAAUGAGCCCUAGGAAAUAAUCGACUUGUGCACAAAUGUGCUUUAUCUGGUACAAACGAAUCCGAUGCCUUUUAACCCCUUAAGGACCAAACUUCUGGAAUAAAAGGGAAUCAUGAAAUGUCAUGUGUCCUUAAGGGGUUAAUCUGCACCCCAACAAACUGAUCCCUCUGGGAUUUAUCUUUUUGGUGUUAUUAAAAGAAAAAUACUACACAGGUAAAAUCCUGCACCGAUUUGAUUAGUUUGUGCGCUGAUUAAAAGUCUUUUUAUUCGUUUUGUAUCUCCUAAAACAGAUUUGUGCAGAAUUCUAGUAAACUGUGAAUCGAAAAACAAACUGAUUACAGUAGUAGGUAAAUGGAAACAAGUUCAAAAGCGGGUGCAGUAAAUACGUAUUUUUUUUAUUUAUUUUUUUUCUCCCAAUUUCUGAUGUCUUUACAUUUUUAUGAUUCCGACAGGUAAAGUACCUCACCAGUUAUCUUGAUCCGGCUGGGCUUGGAGUUAUAAAUUUUCGCGACUUCUAUCGAGGAAUCUCGGAGAUCCAAAAUGAAGGUGAGCUCCACAAACCUGCAUUGUUUCUAUAUAGACAUUUAUAGUCAUUGCUUCCAUUCCCCAAAUUACUGCAUAUUUAUUAAGACUAAACCUGGGCAAGUGGAUAUUUUUUCUAUUGCCCUUACUUCCUUGUUUGCUUGCUGUCUGGAGAUCCCCAUUUUGUGGUUAUUACUUCCUCCAUUGAAAGUGAUUCCAAGAAUGUCAUGCUAGAUUACUGUCAUAGCUCCAAUUUAUAUAUUUAUCUUUCCCCUUCAUUCUGUUAGUUUUUCCCUCUCUUCCUGUAGUGUCCAUUUCUGUUGUGUAUAUUGGCUGACGUUUAUAAAGUAUUACCUUUUUGUGUAUUCUUGUGCAGACUUUUUGGACUCCUUAUUUUUAUUAUAGUUUUGGUAGAGACUGACUGUAGCUGUGUGUUUUUGAUUUUGCUGUGUGAAGCAGUUCUCUGUUUUUAAUUGGCAAAGCAUCAGCUGGUGUAACGUAACACCAAAACGCCAAACUAAAUUUCUCCAGCUGAAACCUUGUUCCAUUCUUUAUGGCGCCAUACCUCCAAGUUGUAAGCCUGGACAGCGGACCCUAUCCCAUAAACCUAUUUUUUUAUUUUUAUUUUUACUUGCUAAUUUUAUAUCACUGUAAAGUCACUCAGGCAGCACAAUUUGACAAUGACAUAUAAUUUAUUAAAAAUAUAUAUUUUUGUUACAGUAAAGUGCUAGCAGUACAAACAAACUGCCAUUGAGAGAAAAUAACCUUGCAUUAUUACGCUACGCGCAGUACAGUCAGAAUGUCUUCAGAAAACGUUGUGUCUGGUGUCCUUGACAUAGAAAUCUUUCAUUACAAUAUGGUGUGUUAUUGGUGCUGUGGGAGGUGCAAGCGCUGUGUAAAUAGUAGUACUACAAUAGCCUUCAGUCUUAAACUAAACCCAUAUAUUCACAAUGAUGGUCCAAUUAUCUGUACACAGCAGUGGAUGGGAGUGAUAUCUGUGGCCCACACGCUAUGCUACGUGCCAUCAUUCACAUCAACCCUUCGCCAGGCUGGUAUUGGCUGGAGAUGGUGUGCGUUGAAAGCUAGUGUGCUGGGCAGUGUUAAUUUUGGUGGCAAAUUUCAAUUAAGUUUUCGCCAUUUUAGUCAUCUGAAUUGUUGACAAAAUAGCAUUUGGUGCUGUGGCGGGGUGGGACUGCCAUGCCAACUAGAUGUACUUUCUUUGUUUGAACCAGACGUACUUUGUGAGAGUUCCUUGUGGAUUUGCCAUUUGUAGAGGCAAUAACGCAUAAUUUAGGCUAGCCUACAGCCUCAUCGCAUAGGUACCGGUUUCUGCACGCCCAGGCGCUCUCAUUUUGGUGAAUUCUGAGAAAAGUCUGUGUAUCCUGCGAGGAACAUCAGAGUUUGGCCAGUGAGGCCCUGCACGCUCUCAGGCCAGGAGAGACGGUGAUCUCCUAGCCUGAAGCAUCACUGGCGGGAGCCGCGUUCCUAGUUAAUGUUAAUAGGAUUUUCAAACUUGCUGUGACUGGACGAGAGGGUAGUAUGUUUUUAUUUAUUGAUUUGGGUGUGGAUCUCACUCUCAAUUUUCAGCAUUUAUGGGGGGAGAGAUAAAAGAAAUGGUGCUAAAAUGUACAGUGAUAUCCUGAAAGUUGCAAAAAGAAGAUCCGGCACACAAAUUCCCAGAAUGCCAAUUUUAUUCAAAACUCUUCACCCUUGUAUCAGCUCCCAAAAGGGCUUUAUCAAGUAUGCAGGGUUCCGAAUAAAAUCCUAGGAAUUUGUUUCUCCUUCAUCUUUUAAUUUGCGUUUGUUUACUAUUUUCAGUGAUGGCUGUGAUUUAUCCCUGAAAGCAGGUGAAAUUCACAGCACAAUCUGUAUGCCGACUAUUUCAUCUUCCUGUGAAAUGUGGAGAUCCUUGCGAAUUCAAGGUACUCCUGUCUAACUGUGAGAGCACCUAUAAAAUAUGACACAGACCCUCUCCGCUAGCUAUGGCAAUCUACGUAUGCGUGCCACUGUUUAAAACGACAACGGUGUGGGCCAAAACCGUCAUGAACAGCACAGACAGGAAAAAUAUUGGUGCAAACAGAAAAUAAAAACAGAAUAUUGUAAAAACGGAAGCGCCCCAUUUUAUAAAUCACCCCCUUUAUGUCAGCCAGUUUUAUUAUUUGGGGUAUACUCGCUAAGCACUGAAUUGAUGUUAGUUAGAGGCAAAUUGAUACAAUGUAGACAAAAUAGCUGGAUUGAAGGCGUCUUUAACUCGGCUAUUGUCGCUGCUUGGCGUUUUUACCCUAAAUUUAGUCAUUCGAUUUUCAGUAAUAAACCCGUUUUCUAGUUCAAGGCUCUGCUUUCCACGUAUUGCAAAGAAAUCCAGGCCUGUAGAUUUGUAUCAAGUUUAUGAAUUGCCCAAACAUGGCUUGGCUGUUCUAGUUGAUCAGCGCACUCUGUAAUUGGAUUAGGAUGUUGCAAACACUUGUUGAAAUUAUAUUAACCAGGAAGAAAAUCUCAUUUUCAAUCUUUUACUGAUCCACGCACACAUAUAUAGAAAUGUGUCUAUUGAAUUUAGAAAUGCAUUGUGAGUCUUUGUAACGUAGAGUAACGCAGUCUGGCUAUCGUCUGUCUUGGACUCUGGUGAAAGAGAAAUAAUAUCAUCUGGCCUGUAUCUAAAAUCUGUUCUACUCUUGUAUUAUCCAUAGACAAUAUGUGGAACUGCACUCAGCCCUUCACUCUGGAAUCCUAGGUUGCUCUUGGAUCAGUCCCAGUACCAGUAGUUCCCAGUAGUUCUUGGGUGCAAUAAAACUGCCUAUUCUUUGGAACAUUUUGGAGUGCCUGGAUUACUUUUCUACUCUUGUAUUAUAUGAUAAUACUAGAUUGAUUUGAGCUGCUGGUUUCCCGUAUAGUUUUGCCAAAGGUAUCCUGCUGGGUAGUUUGUCUUUAAAAACUUUAGGGAGCAAUAGAUUGAUUCCGACAGCUGAACUUUGUUUCAUUGAUCCAAGCAUAGGCGUGCGCAGCCUAUUGCAUAAGGGUGUGCACCCUAAAGCACAAACACACACACUGUUUGUGUGUGUGUGUAUAUAAUAUAUGUGUGUGUGUGUAUAUCUAUCUAUCUCUACACACACACUGCUGUGUGUGUAAGGGCGAUGAAUGUGUGGGGGUGGGGGGCCAUUUAGUUAAUAUCCCACCUCCCUUCUUACCUUUUGUAGGGAGGGGGGACCAUGCUGCUGCCAUCCCUGGUGGUCCAGUAGUGAGUGAACCCUAGCCUGCGGGGCUAGAGUUCACUCUCGCGAGAUCUGAGUGUGAAGAAAUCACAAAGUUAUUUCGGCUAUUUUAUUUCAUUCGGUAGCUGUAACUACCGAACAGAGACCACCCCCUGGUUCAUUAACUUCAAAACGAACCAUCAUUUAAGCCCUCUCCCUGUGCGGCCGCCGUUCAUAUGGUCGAACGCCACGUGGAUGAGAAAACGGCGGCCAUCUUGUUGGCGCGAACAAAGGCAGCGGGACUUGGUCAUCGAGUGUCUGGAACUAAAAUUGAACACUUGACUUCCCAAACACCAGUCCCAGCGUACAAACGCUUGCUUCUUUGUUUCCCGAACCGCUAGGACAGCGCUGUUCGGUACUUUUGUUCAUACGAAUGAGGGGAACAAUCUCUGCUAGGAGCCAGGGGGAACUGUUCGUGGAUUUAUUCGUUUUUUGAGACUUUUUGAACUAGACCAGCAAAACCACCAAAACUUGUGGAACUGUUUUGGGCAGGAGCCUCAUAGGUUGCCGGUCACCUAAGACCUCCAUGGAAUUCAAAAACCCCUGAACUGAUCUGGGUGACUUUUGGAUAUGUUGGUCACCCAGAUCAGGGCUAUCAGGGGAUACCUUAUGUUUUUAGGGUGCGUUUUUAAAAGUUGGGUAAAAUUGUGAUUUUUUUAAAUUUAUUUUCCUGCCUGGCGAUAAUGAAGUUUUUACUUUAUCAGCCUUAAUUAUCUCCAGGUAGAGAGGAGGGGAUUAUAUGUUUGUACUGGGAGUGUUUAAGUAUUUCUUUGCUUAUGAUUGGCUGUAUGAUUUUAUGUUCCUGUGGGAGGUCCCCUUGCACGGGGACUUGCAUAAAAGCCAGUGUGGCAUCAUUAAACUUGGGUUCUGGUACACCCUUCAUCUAGACUUCGGCUGAUGUUUGGGUACCUUUCUGCUUUAUUGGGAGAAUCUACUUGGGAAGCUGUUAUUUGGUAUGGGAAUUCGCUUACUUUAUUUAAUCGAACAGCGCGUUAUAAUCAUUGAUACUCUGGACGUUUGGGAGGAAACUACCGAAUGGGAGUAGGAUAUACAAGGUUUUCUUACACUGAGUGUUGCCGUGGCAACGCUCCGACCUCACAAGAGGUACCCGGCGGAACUGCUGGCUAGAACUGCCCGGGACCUCUCCUGCCUCCCUCCCUGCCUGCCUGUGGACUGGUGAGGGAGAUCUCUGAUCUUUGAUCUCCCUCACCGACCCAUGAAGGCACAUGCCGUGGGGAUUAGGGUGUGCCCAGGCACACUCUGUGUGCGUGCCUAUGGAUCCGAGAAUUGUUGGGUGGAAAACUAUUAGGACUUUUGGGCACAAAGUUGGAAGAUAAGGAGUUUCUGUGCAUUGUUAAGCUGCGCUUUGGUAGACCUACUAUGAUUCUGUACUAACACUGCUUAUUUUAAUAAAAAGGAUUUUGUCCUUGUAUAUUUCUAUUUUAUACUUAUAACUUAUCCCAAUUUAUAACAAAUUUGUUACAAUUGGACAGAUUUUACAUGUAGAAAUCUACAUCACUAUAGUUAACUGGGAGCCUCCAUCUUGACUACGUGUGAAUCGAUUAUAAGCUCUGCACUUUAAACCUGCCAGUCAACUUGUCAAAUAUUUUUGUCUCUGCCCCCAAUUCACUGUGUGCCCUGGCUGUGCCAGAACAGAACUGGACUGUCAGGUCUACUUUUAAUUUUUUUUUUUUUAUUUUAGUAUACAUAUAAACAAAAACAGAAAAUCAUGUGAAAAACAGGUUAAACCGGUGUGAGGGAGGGGGCACAGCAUCAGGGAGAUGGUCACCCAGGAGUAUAUGCAAGUUAAUAGGAUGCCCAGGGAGAUGGCCAUUCUGGGUAGAAAUACCUUGAAAUUUGCUAUUGCAGUCGCAAGGUAAAAUAUGAAGAAAAGUUAAAAAAUUAAAACACUCUUGCGCUACUGUUUGUGGAACUUUUCAAACUAAUUUCAGGCCAAAACUGUUAAACUGAAAAUAUAGUUGACUUGAUGAAUUGUUCCAGUUCACUUCUUUUGGCCUAAAUGUUGAAAUUAACUGAAUUCCAAACAAUUCUCACACUUUAGUGAUUAUACCUGAAAAUAUUUGAUUUAAAUGCUGGAUCUUUAAGUCUGCAUGACUUUUUCUAAUGUUACUUUGUUAAUGCAGUGUGUAAAUGGCGGAUGGUUUAUUGAAUAACAUGGUGAUCACUGUCGCUCUCCUCUUGGUAGAUCUUGACCUGCAACUUUACGACAUGGGCUAUCCGUCCGAGGAGGAGCCGGCCUGCUCUGUGGAUUUUGAUGACCUCGCAGCGUUUGAGGUAAAAGCUGUUUUUGUUUUGAUAUUUAUGGGUUUUUGUUUUCUGUCACUUGCUAUUUGUGGCAAGGAAGAGGUUAAUAAUCUCUUCCUCUUUAAGAUGCUAGUAAUUAACAGAUUCCUCUGCUUUUUGGCUAAAUUUGCAGCUUCCUAGCUGUUACACUAAACAGUUGGUGAUGGAGUUUCAAAAUGUACAUCACAACAGGAGUGUUUCAUUGUUUCCAAAUGUUCUAUUUUUUUGCCUAAAUUUUGCAAUUCGGAUUUUCAUUCACUAUGAUUCAGAGUUUGGUGAAUAACGUCAUGCAACAAACUAUCUGCACUUGAGAAAAUCAAUCCGUGGGAAAAUUGAACUGUGGCAUUGGGCCAAGGCUUAUCAGGCACUUGUCACGUGUAUUUUCACCUGUGUUUAAAACUUGAUAGCAGUGUGGACAGCUUAUAAGGAAUAUGAUAAACGAAUAUCUUUCUCUCUGUGGAUCCCUGUUUUAACCCAUUACUGGUCCCUGAUAAGGACUCAUUAUUAAAAUCAUACAGCACAAAUUCAUCAGGGUCAGCAACUUAUAUGAAUUUAUUUAUUUUUGGUUUUGGGAUUUUCAUUUGGUACUUGUCACUUUUGUACAAUGAGCAUUAACUAACCCAAGAUAAAGAGAGUCCUACCUGUGUUUACAAAUGCUUUGUCACUUUUAUUUACACCACUAAAAUAAACCGAAUGGGCACAUCCAUCACUUGUACUUACCUGCACAGGUGAGCUCGUUGUUCCUUUUCAGUAACCUGUACAGUCUGGUCUGGUCUGGAGUGGAUAAUUUGCUUGUUCUAUGUUUACUAAUCCACUCGUUUUAGGCUAAUCUAACCAAACUGGAACAAUUAUAUUUUGUCCUAAAACUUGCAAUUCCAGUCUGUCCCAUAUACACACAUCUGUGUGCCCAUAGCCUACAUGAAAUACUUGUUGCUCUUAUCCAGCCUUUUAAAUGACAUAACAGCACUGCGAUAACAAUAACAUGCCUUAGUUGCUUUGAGUUUGUGUUGUGUGUGUGUGUGUGUGUGUGUGUGUGUGUGUGUGUGUGUGUGUGUGUGUAGAAAAAAACUAAACAAAUUUUUUUUAUUUUAUUUUUUAUUUUAUUUUUUUAAUCUUGCGAUCUUCCUUUGCCUUUAUACAAUAGUGGGAUGUACGCAUGUUUAUGUUGUGUUGUUGCCUUCAUUUGAAAUGUAUCCAAUUGAUGUGCAAUUAACAAAGAUAACGUUGUAACUCCAGAUUUGUAAUGUAUUUAUCAAUGUUUAAUUAGCCGCUCAAUGAAACUAUACAUAUGGUGUUUUGCAUGCGUUGAGCCUAGCGCUGAGAUUGCUGAUUGGCGGACUUUAUGUCGUUAGGGUGUUUUUAUAAAGAUUUACUGAAAGCAUAAUCUGGGGUUGACAGACCAUUUAUAGUUAAUCUGGCUAGACUAACGGGUUUGCAUUGCAGUUGUUUGUCCGUCACCUGAGCUCCACUAUAAUGUACAUUUAAAGGGAUAAUAUUCUGUUAAAAAUCUUAUUCAUAAAAUAUACAAACCAGGUGGAUAUUGUGUACAAUGUAGCAGAUUACAAUUUGUAUUUUUGUGGUAGUAUUUGGUUUUGUUUUUUUGCGCAUUUAUGGGGUAUUUUCAUUGGGGCUACUUUUGCGCCUUUUUUUUUUUAUCUACAUGUUAGCUGCUCACAUUGUAAUUUCUAUCAUGCCUUGUGUUUUUGUGAUGUUUGUCUUUUGAUUAUUUUUUUUUGUCAUUUUUCUUUACAAUUAUUUAUAUUCUGCAGCACUGUACAAAAGGUAAACAAAACAAUCAUUUAAUUCUUUCAAAACCCAUUUUACAUACACGCACAAAAGUAACUGGCCCUGCCCAAAUGAGCUUACAAUCUAAAGGUGAGGGUUUAUUUUUUUGUUUGUUUUUUUUCUAUACAAAGUAUUUACAAUUUUUUUUUUUUUUAUUUGUAUUAUUCUUUCUUUUGUGAUGAGUGCCAUUUAUCAAUGUUGUCAUAAAUGGAGUGGAAUGAAGUGUUACACCUAUAAUGAAACCACCUAUUCUCUCACUCCCUCCCCAUGUAGGCCACCAUUCACCGAUUCGCUCAGCUUCACACACAUAUUUAUACACACGCAUCCCUUAACAUUCACUUUGACAGUGUUUUCAAUACUUCCUUUGCCUCCCAAAAUCCAGGGACACUUUCAUCAUACUGUCCUUUUUAAAGUGUGCUGCAGUGGUUAAGGAGUCAAACAAGCACAGAACAGUUAGACUUUUUUCCUGGGGUACCCCGGGGCGCUGUUUCCUGCCUCCACUACUUUCAACAGAGUGCCGGAAAGUCUCUGUCUGUGCAGGGCUUACCUCACACGCUGAGAGCAAUCAGCUGACCUUAGACAAUGAGCUAACCGUGAACUGCAGGGCUUGGCUGAGGAGGGCUUACAGGUGCUUCGACGCAUUAGCUUCUGGCUCUCUUAAGGAAAAGGUGGGAGCAGCUCCCCAGGUUAGACGUCAAACAGUUCUAAAACUGUAUGACUGCUGACAAUGGGGGUUGUCAGGGCACUGCGCUGUAUUGUAGUGCUUAUGGUGCUUGGAGUGUUGGUCUUACCUUUUUGAUGAUUUGGCUGCUUUUUAACCUUUUAUUUGUGAAUUGGCUUCUAACCUGUCCUUGCAUACUAUACAAAAAUUCAUGCCUGCGAUCUCAAACAUACCAACAGUACUGAUAUACAUGAAUUCACUCAAUGUGUACAAAUUCACACAAUGGGUUUAGAUACACAAAUAAGCACACACUGAAACAUGCAGCCGUGCACUUAUUUUCGACGUGGACGCGUGCUUACAAAUACACAAAGGGAUGAUAUGUAUACGUUUAGCGGGCAGCUAUGGAAAAUAGACUAGAUAAUGGCAUGUAUCGGGACAGAAUCGCUAAAUCGAAACAUUUCUACAAAUCAGGAGUUUUCUCUUUUGGCCCAAAAUGUGAAUUCAGUUGUCAGUGUCCCUAAAUUCCCAGUUUAGUGCAUAAAUCCCUUAGUGUAUAUUGGCCAUCGUAGUUAUCAUUUUGUCCUUGACAAUAGCCAUGGAUAGGAUAAUAUGAAACCACAGGUUAUCUGCUGCACCCUGCUGGUUGGAGAUGGUAUUAUUUCUGUUCUCCAUAUCGGAAGUACAAACAAGACAUACAGCGUUAGAAAUUUAUUAACCCUUAAGGACACAUGACGUGUUACAUGUCAUGAUUCCCUUUUUAUUCCAGAAGUUUGGUCCUUAAGGGGUUAAAGGAACAUUAUAGUCCCCUAAAUUACUUUAGCUAAAUAAAGCCAUUUUAGUGUAUAGAUCAUUCCCCUGCAAUUUCACUGCUCAAUUCACUGUCAUUUAGGAGUUAAAUCACUUUGUUUCUGUUUAUGCAGCCCUAGCCACACCUCCCCUGGCUAUGAUUGACAGAGCCUGCAUGAAAAAAAAAACUGGUUUCACUUUCAAACAGAUGUAAUUUACCUUAAAUAAUUGUAUCUCAAUCUCUAAAUUGAACUUUAAUCACAUACAGGAGGCUCUUGCAGGGUCUAGCAAGCUAUUAACAUAGCAGGGGAUAAGAAAAUCUUAAUUAAACAGAACUUGCAAUAAAGAAAGCCUAAAUAGGGCUCUCUUUACAGGAAGUGUUUAUGGAAGGCUGUGCAAGUCACAUGCAGGGAGGUGUGACUAGGGUUCAUAAACAAAGGGAUUUAACUCCUAAAUGGCAGAGGAUUGAGCAGUGAGGCUGCAGGGGCAUGUUCUAUACACCAAAACUGCUUCAUUAAGUUGUUCAGGUGACUAUAGUGUCCCUUUAACUUAAUAUUCAAGGGAAAACAGAAUUGCAAGUCAGACUGACUGCAGAAGAAUCAGAGAAUAUUUUAAAACCUGCUUUUAUGGUCUCCGUCUUUUACGAUUUCUUUUCACUGGUUAAUGAAAAAAUCCCUAUGAAAUAACCAGACGGAUACACAGGUGAUCUGUCUGCGCAUUUGUUACCUUGCCACCAUUCUAAUGAAUGGCUCCUAUUAGCCUCCAGUUUACUAUAAGGUGAUUAUUUAUAAAUGGGAAUUCUGGGGCAAAGUUCUAAAACUGGAGUAACUUGCUAGUUACCAUGGUAAUAAUUCCACUUUUAGAAUCUCUUUAUAAAUACCGCCCCCUAUGUAUUCUGUGUAUCCUGUUUCGCAGACUCCCUUGUCGUUUUUUUUUUUUUUCUCAUUUAAAUUCUGCAGACAGAUUAAGAGAUAAUUAGUUAUGGUGAUACCUUUUAUUAGUUAAGUAGAUUCACUCUGACAUCUCAGGUCUACAAACGGGUGUCAAUCAUGUCCUUUUAUAUAAUGCAUUUAUACAAUACCCCCUCUUUGUUAAACGGCCAGGCCUUUGAUCAUCCGAGCUGUAAAAUAUUUUUGUUUAUCAAAAUCCUUCUCUAAACACACAUUCAAUUGAAACUGUUGCGUUUGUUUUGUUGAUUCCAUAGACUAUACCACAAAAUGUUAAUGUAACAGAAACCUCCUAUCAGGAAUAAUUAAAGGCACACUCCAGGCAGCCAUACACCUUGGCUGCAAUGUGUAGAUUAGGUUACACUUAAUUAUCCUGCCUGUUUUUAGUAGGAAAUGGCUUUUAUCCUUUCUCCACCUCCAAACUGUCCCGUUUUUUCCUUUUUUGUUCCAGUAAUACAACUGUGGUUCUCAUUAUUAGCUUGUACAGGAAAGGAUUCUGGGAGUUGUAGUUCCCCUUACAAGCAUUCCACAGCAGAAACCUGAUCACUGUACUUGAACUCCCACCAAGCCUAUACGAUGGUGUGGUAGAUUUAUGGGAUAAAAGUCUGCAAGAGACUGAGAAUCAUGACUGAGGAUCCAUACCCUGUUCUGGGCAUAGCUUCCUGCAGAAUAUUCAAAGCAUGGACGUUUACAGCAAAUACAGGGGCUUCAAAUGGGAGUGUCUUUCCCUUUUUUUAAAUGUAUUCAUACCACCCAAGUAUCAAUAUUUAGGAGGAACCGUCCCUAUUUUGGGCCCAAAUACCUCUGUUCUAAUGUCCCUCUUUUCUAGGAGCUCCAUAUUGUUGGUGUGUCUGAGUGUAUAACAGAGCUCCACAACAAUAAUACUCCCCAUAAUGAUGUUAGGACGUUCUAUACGCUCCCUACACAGUUUGUUUAGAUACCUGUAGGACAGCAUGGUGUGAGCUGGGUUAAAUCACUGCUAACUGCAGUAAACUCCGGUAUCAAUGGAUACCCCUCAUCUUAGUCCGAUGGGGCCAUUUUUAGUGACUCCAAUGAGCUGUAAGCAGUGCUGCUUAUAGCCUUUUUAAAUAUCUUCAUAAAAGCACUAAUUGCUGGCAGGCUGCUUCAUGGAGACCCCCAGGGUCCGAAUAGGUCUUGGCAGGGUCUCCUAGCCUGCCCCAGUUUAUUGUGACCGGCGCUUGGCUUUCCCAGUUGCCCAGCACCGACCACCGUGUAAUUGGCUGGGAAACUGGGCUACAUUCAUAAUUACAGUGAGUGUUAUUAUGGAAACGGCCGGUAGAUGCAGCCCACCUUGUUAAAGGGACAUUCCUAGCACCAAAACAACUUAAUCUAAAUUAAGUUGUUAUGGUGUCAGGUGGCUCCUGGAGGCACUCUUUCAUUAAGGUGUUAAACGGUUCUUAUACGGCUUAACCCCUAAGUUGCCUCCAGCAGCGAUGUCUAAUCCUACCCACAUCAUUCAGUUUCUGAAUAUUCAGUUACAGGAAGUGCUGAGUGGCCGACACUCUCAGCCAAUCAGCGAUUCCCCAUUCACAAAACUAGCUUGCAAAGAAAUGUACCUUUUUUAGAAGCCAGUUUUGGGAAUGGGAAGUCUCUGACCGCAUUAGCGGCUUCACUCUGCGCUUCCUGUGAUUGAAAAUUCAGAAGCUGAAUGCUGCAGGGGAGAAGUGUACAUCACCACUGAAAGCAACUUAGGGGUUAAACUGUUCGAGAACAGUUUAAACUCUUUUUUUCCUGUAGGGUCCUCCUGGCACCAUAAUAACUUAAUUUAGAUGAAGUUGUUUUGGUGCCUCUAGUGUCCCUUUAAAUAGACAGUAGCAGGGGAUUUCCUUAGGAUUGGGGUUAGUGGUGAUGGUAGAUUUAGAACACUGUUUGUGUUAAGAUCUCGGAACACACUGUUAGUGGCUCUUCUGGAACAAUGGGUUUAAUUUAUCUCCGAUUUCUCAAUAGAAUAUCUCAUUAAUCACUAUGAAAAAUGAUAGAUUAAUUGACUUGUGGGGGAAGUUUUCACUUACAGUUAACCGGUCAUAACAGGUUAAUUUUAACUUGUUCUUUAUUUGGAUGGGAGGGGCAUGGUCACGGUGUUUAAGCAGCGGAGGUAAGUAAAGUACUUACCUCCACCGAACUAGGCUGUAGGUAAUGAAGUCAUCCCAUAAUGCACUGGCUGUUCUUAUUACUGCUCACACAUCUACAGAUAAAUUAUGGAUGAGCGCAUGCAUAUUUGAUAUUUUCUCCAGCAGAAUGCACGGCACCCCAGGAGUUAACAAACGGUAUCUAUUUUAGCUCUUGUGGCCAGCAUGUCCUAUAAAUGAAAAUUAAAAAAAGAUUAGAACAUAAAAGCCUGUAAGUAAUUUUUUUACUUUUUUUUUUUAAAUUUUUUUAUGUCAUUAUUUAGUUGUGACAGUGUCCUCUUUUUUUUUUUUUUUCUUCUAUAACUUUAAACGUAUUUGCCAUUGGACUACUGGUGAUCUGAGCACAAAGUAAUUUCAGAAACCUUCCAUAGACCAUACUUCCAUGUUGGAAUGCUGGCUCAGAGUAGCUUGGUAUAUCUGGGCAAUGAAAUGGCCUCGCACUCUGCGUCUCUCAUGGCUACGUCCACUGCAGGGGUAAUUUAGAACACAAUUAACUCCCAACAAUUCACAGAUCCGCGAGAAUCCAUUUGAAAUUGAGUGAAUGUCACAUUUUAAGCAUAACAGUCUAUUGGCUGUUCUUGGCCCAAAAUAUGUUUUGAAUUCCUGACAAAACACACUUUUUAAUGAAUAACCCUGUAAAUGUUCUCUUAGAGUUCACGUAAGCACGUGCCUGUUUAGAAGAUUACUUGGGGUCUUUGUAUGUCCCAGGUUUUUAGUUUUAACACUUCACUCUCACUUCUGACACUUUCCUCCUUUUUCUGUGCUCCACAUACCCUCUCUGAAGGCCAUGGAGGCAACAAAGUCCAUUUAGAGGGCCGGCGCAUGAAGAGCCAUUGUGUGAUUGAUUGGUUUCAUUGUUUACUGUAAAGUACUUGAAACACCUCAUGCUGGGGCUUUGGGGAAGUGAUUUUGGGGGGGAGGGCCGGGGUUGUAUUAUCAAUUUACACAGGAAAAAAAAACCUCCUCAGCACUUCCUCCCACAUUAAACAGGGUGAUGUAAGAACACUUCCACAUUCUGAAACCUUGUGUAAACGCAUGUGGCGUUUAUUCCACUCUCUCUUCAUAAAGAGCGAGAAGAAGGGAUCAUUUUGCUAUUAAGACCUGUUUAAUUGGUAACUCUGCUGCAGAUGUGAGGCUGGCAAAGCACCAUGGGAUUUGUAGUUUUAGUACAGCCAGAGAGCUGUAUUUUAGGCACCCCAGCCUUUGGGUUUCCAAUAAGGUUGAUCAAAGAUAAUGUGAUCACCCCAUAAGUGUAAUAUUUUUGUUGCUGGCCAGGAAGAUGGGAGCAUAGUGAUACUCUGCAGCCCCCGCUGCUCAGGUGCAAUGCUCUGUGUGACAGGAGGUGUGUACCUGUAGCAAGCUCACAUGACUGCAGACAGGUUUGUCCCCUCCCUGUUCCAGGGAGACGCAGCUCCAGGUUACAAGGUCAGAAACAAAAGCUGGUCUAUUCCCUGCUCAGGCUUUCUGGACUUUCCCCUCCCCAAAUGUUCCCUUCCUCCUCCCCCCUCCUACCCCCUCCAAGACUCUAAGGCUGCUUUCCUAACUACCUCUUGGCACAAACUGGCACCCCUGUCUGAGGGUGCAAUGCUGGUGCUAGGAGCACAGGCUGGGAUCCCUACCAGGAUGGCAUUAUUACAGGUGGGUGCUGAUUUGCAUGUAGACGUACACAUACACCUUUCCAGCUUUCUGUGCACUUCUGGAGUUACACUGCCUUCUCUCUGGUGUAUAGAAAACUCUUGCGCUGUGUAUGUACGUGUUGUGGUUUUCGUCCUGGCACUGUAUUCAGCAGAUGUGUUUGAUAUACAAUUUGAUUUCCGUGUUGAGAUCUUGUUACAUAGAUGAUGUAUGCGUACACAGAAGAGGUAGCUUACUUGAUACUGUAUCUGUCUCUACAAUGUCAGCAGUACUGAUGUUUGUAAAUAUACAAAACAGACUGACAAAUAUUUGAAAGUAUACUUAGUAGCCAUUUCUAACAUUCCUUUUAUUUUGAUUUGCUUACUUUUUUAAAAUUAUAAAUAAACUGCUCCAAGAUGUUUAUAUGCCAGUAUAUUUAAAGGUGCCUGGUUGCUGCAUUUUUAAGUCAUACAAUUUGUUUUCAGCUAUGCUUGUGCGCUAUGUAAUACGUACCUCACUCUGUACAUCGAUCUGUUGUUUUAUGUUUUAACUUUGUUUUUAAAUGCUCCUCUCUUCCCAUUUACUACUUGCACUGUGCAAUGUUGUUGCUUGAUUUUAAUAAAUGAUCAUCUGUAAUCUUGGCGACGUGAACAUUGCUGGUGUGUGUGUGUGUGUGUGUGUGUGUGUGUGUAUAUUGCUGUUUUUGAGUGUGUGUACACAGUUUGCAUAUUUCUCCAUGCAGUAGGUGUACAGGGUGUUCUGUAUACAGCCAGGUUAAUGAGCCGUAACAUCCAAAGUUAUGAUUAUCUCUGAUUCCUGUUAAUAAAGAACCCGGUGUGUUAUAUUAAGCAUCUAUAUUAACCAAGAGCGCUUGGAAAAUACCAGUGAUGGAUAGCUGUGUGCAGUAAGUGAAUUAUCGCACCCAGGUCUGCUGACUUUUUUUAAAAGGUCCCCCUCCACUCUGGGAGUAUUUAUCGUGACAUAAGCUUCCUAUAAUCCACUUCUUACUGCGAGACCACCUGCAUAGAGGCCACCGCCAGUGCUUUGUUGUGUGUAAAUCUGCAACCCCUAUAAAUCCCUCUGUGCAUCCUUUUAAUAUGUUAAAUAGCUCCGGCAUUUCAGAUAGACUGGGAGGACUCUUUCUUGCAUUCAGAAAAUUAUCUGGAUGUGUCGUUGGCUAAUGGGACUAUAACAAUGUUUGUUUGGGUUUUGGUUUUUUUAGACCACUUUAUGGCCUGUGGUUAUGUCAUUUUAGUUUAUGUAAAUCUCUUAUAACAACAAGAACAAGUUGGGUUUUAUCUACACAAACUAAUAAAUGAACACAAACCUAUGUUACAAUAUUGUGAGUUUUAUUGCGUGGAGCUCUGUGAUACCUACAGCGCAUUACUGUGUUUAUUUUGCAGUGGAGCUCUGUGAUACUCUCAUACAUGCUGUACAUUACUGUGAGUUUUAUUGCUUACACGCAUCUAUCUCUGAAAUGUAACCAUCUUUUCCGAUCAAUAAAGGUAUUGACUACUGAACUAUAUUACCCAUAAUCCCACCUGAGCCACAGUAUGUGUCGUAUGCCCAGUUUCCACUGAAAACUGUGGCAUAGCUAGGAUUGGCUGACAGGUGUCCGCUGCUCCCUAGUCUAGGCAAACUUUGGAACAAUCUGCAAACACAGGGAAUUCAAGGGUAUUUUAGCCCUUUAAUUUUAACCACUUUUUAAUGUUUAUUUUCUUCAAUGUUUCCUAGAAGGUCCCUUUAAGUCUGUUUAGUCUCCAAAUCCUUCAGCUGAAAGACUAGUUACAUCCUCCUUGUGCAAGCUGUGGUGUUUCAGCAAUACUUCCUUAAACAAGGUGUUUCAGAAAGUCUAUAUACAGAAUGCAGAUUAAAGAACAGCGGCCCACUGUAUUUGAUUACUUUGUUAAAUACCUUUAACAUUGGUAUAGGGCCCACCGAUAUUGGGGUACUGUGACGUAGUGGUGGGCUUAACACAAUAUGGACGGAUGGUAGAAUUGAAUCCCCGUAUUUAAGUAGUCUUGUAAAACUAACUAUACUUCUGUGUGUGCUAUUACUUACUCUGUAUGCUGUGUAGAUUUUGGUCUCUACGGUUGCACCAUUGCUGAGAAAUGCAUGUUCCAGGUGUGCCCCCAAUUCCCUAAUUUACUACGUGUUUAUAUGCAGGGUCCUGACCCAGUUAUCCUCCCUGAAAACCUUUACAUUACUCCCCCCCCACCCCCUAUUCAACAAAUAUGAAAACUGUGCCUACUCUCCUAUCUCUCAAUCAACCUUCACUGACCAAGCGGCUGCAACAACAGGCCGCCUUGCGGCUUCCCAGCCCGCGAGAACUGAGAGGGAGCUGGGGCAGCCGGAGCAGUAAGUGAUGCAGCUCGCAAAACAGGGCUCCUACGCCCCCGAGCCCAUCAGGCCGACCAACUAGCACUGAUAACAACCAGGGAAAGCUGUUUCCACGCCGGAAUUUCUAAAAUGGUAUGGUGGGAAAAAGCCUGCGUAUAUAUACCCCGGCCCCCCCUUACCACAUCCCACAUCCCAUCCAACAUUUUUUCCCAAAUUGUAUGCAUGGCGUACACUUGUCAACCCAUCCUUCAACUGGAACAUUCGCGCACUAGCCCACUCUCCAGAUGUUAUCUACCUGACGUUAAAAUUAAUUUAGAAAAUACCUUAAACUCUUUGAAAGUGUCUCCUUUACUCUAGAGAAAGCAGUCCUGCUACGAUAAACCACUUACAAUGUAAAAUUGUCUGGGUCCUGGUGAUUAUGAUAAGCCUGCUCCAGAAAUGGGGAAAACAAAAUUUCAGGCCCCCUAUCCAGAGAGCACUUCAAACACCAUAACCACUUUCUUUUUCUUUGUGAGGUUCUUCCGCCGUGUGUUACUUUUUAAUCGUUGGGUGAUCGAUAGUUUUGUAGAGUGCCCUUUGGCAUAGAUUGACUACCAGAGCAGAAACCCAUAUAUUUAAUUUUAUAUUUCAAAGAUUCAUUUUUUUUUUUUUUUUUUCCGGUUAUUCUUUCCAAAGAGCGAGCUGCCAUAACCGUGCUUUAUAAAUAAAUGAUUUCAGUAUACAAUUGUUCAGAUAGUGGUGUUUAUUGUGGUGAACGCCUGCCUGUGUUUGUCGUUGCUGUGUGUGCAUUAUCAUGUAUUUGGUGCUGUAACCUCCCCUGUCAUCUUCCUGAUGACUUUUGAACCUUGUUCAGAUAAUGUUAUCUGUCCGUGAACAGAGGAAUGGAAAUGAUUUUCUCCUAAAUAAAAUGCUGAGUAGAGAAUUUUUGUGUUCUUGUAACUGCUAGUGGAAUUGAACCUUUUUCUUUUCUUGUUUGAUGUUAUCUGAGGAGUGCUAUGCAUUUUUGUGUUUAUGUAUUUGACUUUUUAGUUUUUUUUUUUCUUAUACUCCUCUUAACCCAAUUUAAUUUAUUUUUUUACUUGCAUUUUACAUUAGGAGUUUGAUUUUUGCAGUGGCAUUAAAAUAAAUAUUGAGUGUUUGAGACCCAGGUUAAAGCGUUGCUUCAAGCACCAUGACCACUUCAGUGUUUUGAAGGACAGGUAGGGCUAUUCUAACCAAAAUAGUGUUUUUGUUUUUUUUUGUUUGUUUGUUUGUGUUUUUUUGGGUUGGAGUCCAGUGUGUAUCCAGUGUUGCCGUAAAGUUCUCGGUUAUAAAGUAUGUAUUCAAGGUUCAUUAUAUAGGAUUUUGCAACUUCUCUAUUCCUCACACUAAGGAACCCUCUGGUCCUUUCUCGCCCCCUCCCCCUCUUUGAAAAAAACAAACAAACCCUUUUUCACUUUGCUUAUUCUAGUUACAAUGUACCUUGGUGCUACGUCUCCUCUGACAUCAUCUGACGGGGGAUCUAAUGCGCAUGCGCGGCGAGUGCUUAGUCAUAGGAAAGCAUUGCCUCAAUGCUUUCCUAUGGGAAUUUCACGGACGCUGGAUGUCCUCCAGGUGAAGAGGAGUAAAGACUGCAGGUUACUUUAAAUACUCCCUUCAGAGUACUUUAAGCAAUAUACAGGGUUUUCCUGUUCCAAAUAUUCAUUCUUGUAAUGUUUCAGUGCCAGAUUACAAACAAAAAGUGCUUAUGGUGAACACUGGUUGUUUUCUGUGUCAUACAGGAGUAUGACAAAAAUGUAGGACAUACCCAAGACUGCUGUUGGCAAGUAAGCUUACACUGUAUACUCUAGGGUUUAACACCAUGCACAGGUAGUGUGUGUGUACACUCGGUGUACCUACUGGUGCUCUUAUCAGUUAUAGCAUAUGCGACAAGAAAAGUAAAUGCAAAUUGCCAUGCAAGGAACUGAUUUUUAUUUUAUUUAUUUUUUUUGCAGCCUAUGUUGUUUUUUUUUCUUUUUUUUUCUAUCAGUGAAAUAGAAGGGGUUGAUUCUCCCCCACUGAUUCUCGCUUUCUGUAGAUAUAGCAAAUGGUUUUCCAUUACAACGUAGCUUAGGGCUUCAUUGAAUGGGGUAUUGGAAUAUUCCUAAUAUGUUGAGUGAGUCUGUCUUUCUGCUCGCUCCAAACUGGCAGCAUGGUAGGGGCAAAAUUUUAUAAUUGAUAUUUCUAAUUUAAUUUUCAGUUGGUUCAGGCAGCCAGAGGUGAUGGGAGUUGACUGCAGAUCUAAUUAUAUAUACUUUUGUUAGCAUGGGCGUAUACAGAGUAACACUGUAUAACUCAUAAUGUUCUGCAUUUUAGGUGCUUUUUGGUGCUUCAAUGGGUGUCACGUACUGAUCACAUGUUUGGUUAAUACUACUUCGAUUUAAAGGAUCACUAUAGGGUCAGGAACACAAACCUGUAUUCCUGACCCUAUAGUGUUAAAAACACCAUAUAGCCCCCCCUGGGCCCCUCAAGCCUCCAUAAAGAUAGUAAAAAAUCUUACUGUAUUCAAGCUUGAAGCAGUAACUCUGCAUGCUGUAUGACUCAGAAAAACAAGCUAUCUGCUGACCUCAGCAGCAGUGGUAGCUUGAUCCAAUCACAGUGCUUCUCCAUAGGAUUGGCUGAGACUGACAAGGAGGCAGAUCAUGGGCAGAGCCAGCAUGAUUCAAACACAGCCCUGACCAAUCAGCAUCUCCUCAUAGAGAUGAAUGGAAUCAAUGAAUCUCUAUGAGGAAAGUUCAGUGUCUGCAUGCAGAGGGAGGAGACACUGAAUGUUUAGAUGCAUUUUAGGCAGCCAUGACCCAGGAAGGUUCUCUAACAGCCAUCUGAGGAGUGGCCAGUGAAGUUAUCACUAGGCUGUAAUGUAAACACUGCAUUUUCUCUGAAAAGACAGUGUUUACAGCAAAAAGCCUGAAGGUAAUGAUUCUACUCACCAGAACAAAUUCAAUAAGCUGUAGUUGUUCUGGUGACCAUAGUGUCCCUUUAAUGGGAAAACAUAUGUUUUGGUAAACUAGGAAAGUCACAUUGUAUUAAGGUAUGCAUUACAAGAAUAAAUGCUAUAACUGCCUACCUUGUUGCAAUUGGUUAACAAAGGAACAAUGGGUACCCUAGCGAGGAGCUUAAUGUGGGGGUAGGAGGGAGAGCACAAAGGCUGGUUUGUUUGUAACCAAAGAUCCAGGUACGAUAAGUGAGGGGUUAAAGUGUCUUCCUAUAUGAGUCACUUGAAGUUGCAAUAUGAUGGAUACCAGUUUUCUACUCUCCCAAUACUGGCUUGGAUUUAUUUCAGAUUUCCCUCACAGAACCUGGAAUUGGGGAGGGGGGAGUGGGCUUAUUCACUAAACUGCGAAUUGUAUAUGGAAAACUAUAUUUAAAAUUUAUUUUCCUGUUUGUGUUUCCCCAAGGUAACGGAAGUUACAGAUAGUGCCUACGUGGGUUCGGAGAGUGCAUACAGUGAAUGUGAGACCUUCACAGAUGAGGACACUGGAGCGUUGGCUGCACAGGAAGACCCUGAAACAGAAGGCGAUGGAGGGGUACAUCAAAUGCACCCCAGGACACCGUGAGUACUCUGCAGUUCCCUGACACUCCUGCAAGAAAAGUACAGAGAAGCUCGAUAGCCUUGCACAUUGUAAAGUGUUCUGGGACACGAGUGGGUGAAAGAUAGAUCGCAGCUGCUGUAGAACUACAGCUCCCAUGAUGCUUUGCCAGUGUAAAGGCUGUCGAAGCCCCAUGGGAGUUGUAGUAAUUACAACAGCUGGAGGAUAUACCAGCUUGCUACCCCGUCCUAGGAUAUUAGCAGGCUGACCAGGACGGACUUGUUUUUUGAAUACAAAAAAUGAGAUGGUAAAGGCGUAUACAACAAUGUUUUACUUCCAAGACGCAGCUGGAUUAUCACCCCAGCUGAUGCCCUUUUUGCAGCUGCCCAGACUUCCAAACCGUUUGACCAACUGCCAUGCUGUCAUUUAGGCUUCAUUGUAGCUCACGGCGCCCCCUGUAGUGCAAGACUAAUACUCCCCGGGGAUUUUAGAAAUACUAAUCUAAAAUGUAACUAGUGCAUAAUCUGGUUAUAGAACUGCAGGUAGAAUUUGUCCUUUAUUUCUCUGUAUACAGAUCCAUCUUUGGGAUAUGUAUGUAUGUAACAGACGAGCGAUUCACUUCAUGUAGGUUAAUUAUUUUUUUUUAAUUCUUUUUUUUAUAUACUGUACUUCACAUCGCACAACUAUUUAAUAAUCAUUGCCGGGUUCAAAGAUGUCAUUGUGCCCUAUUCCUGGCGUUUUGUAUGUGAAUUCAGUGUCUUCUCUCAAGGUUAUCCACUUAAGUGAGACUUGCCAGGGAUUUCAAUUUUUAGGCCAAACUGAAGACCUAGCAGACUUGGAAAUUAUUUCCAGUUCAGCAAUCCCAGCCUAAUAUUUAAAAUUUUUCUUUGAAUUCCUGACCAUCCACGAUUUAGUGAAUAAGCCCAUGUCAUGUCGUCUUUUUGCGCCGUCGGCCAUUGCUCACUUUAUAAAUCUCCCCUAUACUUUCACAGGCCGGAGGGUUUGGAGAUCUCUCUUUGCGACAUUUCCAUUGUCACUGCGAACAGCCAGGAGGAACAGUUUGAGGAUUUCGGUGAAGGAGCAGAACCAGAUCUCUAUAGCAGCCAGUGUGAUGAAGAAGAGGAAAACAGCCUUCCCCAGCCAGUCUGCAGCUCCUCCAGGCUUAACUCAAGGUAACGUCCCAAACGUGGUCCAAUCAGGAGUGUUAAAACUGACCAACAAAUAGAGUAAACAAUGACACACGUCUGUGAAGGGCAAUACCAUCUACCAGCAUGCACCUGGAUCCUUCUUUUGUUUUUUCUGUUAUUAGUUGUUUAAAUACACAAGCCCUUUUUUUUUUUUUUUUUUUUGCUGUCACAGAUGGAGGAAGUGUAUGUCCUCUAUUUCUGAGCAAGCUUCAAGUAGCAUACAAUCUAUUUAAAAAAAUAAAUAAAAAAAAUUUGAAAAACAAAACAAAAAAACCCUCACAAGCUUAAAGGGAUACUAUAGUGUUGGGAAUCCAAAGCUGUAUUGCUCACACUAUAGAGCCCUCUGUUAACAUUCCCACCCCAGCACUUAAAGGGUUAAAAAAAACACCCUUUAUUUACUGGUACGGCGCUCCGCCUCCUCCAGUGUCAUCCGAUGGGGAAACCUAAUGCCAUGCGCGGGAAGUUUCACAAGCGCAUUAUGCCCUCCCCGUAGGAAAACAUUGAACCAAGGGGGAUUUUACUGACGCUGGAUGCUCUCAUGCAGAGCGUGAGGACAUCCAGCGUCAGUUAGGCAACCUACGGUCCAGUAAGAUCCUCCAAAGUCCUCCUUAGUCCUACUGAUGAAGGUGUCUGGGUGCCUUUACUGUCCCUUUAGAAAAGGGGGGGGAAAAGGGCUUUUUUUUUUUUUUUUUUUUAACCAUUGAACCUGCAAUAUGCAUAAAAUGUUACUCUCCUGGUUAUAACACUUUGACACAUAUUAAUACGGUUUAGAGAUGGAGUGUUCUAUCAGAUUAUACAUCGUCUAGCAUAAAAAAAAUGCUUUAGGGAAAUAUGCAGAAACUUUUUAAUAUUGAAUUGUUACAUUUUGAUGAGUAAACAUUUCACAUGAAAAACAUUUCCUGUGUGCACAGUAAACUCUGUUCGAGGACUUGUACCAGACAAGCCAACAGAUCUGUGUUCUCAAAGUUUCCCAGCUUGAGAUUCUGGGUAUGUGCACAAAUCAUGCCCUUUUAAUUUGGACUAAUGUCAGUGGAUAUCUUGUUUGGAAAAGAUGCAAACUUUGCAAAUUAGACGAGUAGCCCGAGAGCACAGGCUCUCACAGACUUCAUGUUGGUGCAAGUGUGAGCAGAUCCACGCAUGGGUUUCAGGUAAACACAAAAUAUUUCUAUCGAAAUACAGUUUUCACUGACUGUUUUGUUAGAGCAAUCCUUAAAGGGAAUCUCUAGUGCUAGGAAAACAAAACGUUUUCCUGGCACCGCAGGUCCUCUCCCUCCCACCCCAAAUGCUUUUCAAUGCUUUCCUGUGGGGAAUUGAGCGACGCUGGAGGUCCUCGCACAGCGUGAGGACGUCCAGCGACACUCUAGCACAGGUUUUCUGUGCUAUGAUGCAGGAAGUGCCCUCUAGUGGCUGUCUAAUAGACAGCCACUAGAGGUGGAGUUAACCCUGCAAGGUAAUUAUUGCAGUUUAUAAAAAACUGCAAUAAUUACAGUUGCAGGGUUAUGCGUAGUGGGAGUUGGCACCCAGACCACUCCAAUGGGCAGAAGUGGUCUGGGUGCCUGGAGUGUCCCUUUAAUUGGUGUUGGGAUUUGGGAGCACAGUUUUGAGUGUCUGUGUUAAUAAAUAGACAGUACAGAAGUAGUUUAAUAGUCUUUGAAUUUGUGACUGUGUAGAAGAACUAAUGAGCACAUCUCGUCUGCCACAGCAGAAUUUUGGAAAACCUGGUUUUAACAUAACAUCAGGUGUUUAGAUCCCCAUGAUUCACUUCAAUCAGUAGUUGGAGAAUUACAGGUUAUCCUCCCCCUGACCUAGGGUCCUCUCCCAUUAUUGGAUAAGUUGGAGGCACUGUUUGGCUACACACUUAAAGGUCUUUUUUAAACGCCCGUGUUAUAAAGCUGGAUUGCUCUGCUGCUGAGUCCUCUAUUUAUUGGUGAACAGAAAGGUCUGCAUGUGUGUUUGUAAAAUAUUUGUAUUAUAUGACUAAUAUUUGCCUUUUAUUUGGUAGAAAAAGCCAACCCACCCAUCAAGGCACACAAACGAUCCUGGAUUUUGUGAUAUCCUCAUUUCAACAGAAUUGGGGAAAUCUUAAACGCCAGGACUGUUGGUUUGCCAUAUAAACUGGGCGAGGGGCUACAGUUACUGUACGGUGUGAUGUUAAACAAGUCUAUUGAAACUCACAAUUCCACAGCUUUCCUAAUGGGUAACUUUUGCCUCCUUCCAGUGGUGCCCCCGUAUCAGAGCGCAAGCUUCUAGCGCCACCCCAGUGCACAUCCGGAGGCGGCUUGUACUGUAGCCAGUGCCACAAACAUGUUAAUCGUCUGGAAGAUCUGUCCACCCGACUCAGAUACUUAGAGAUGGACAGGUGACUCUGCAUGCUUAUCACCCGCUGGGCACAGGGAGAAACCAUUACCACUCUGUCUGUGUGACUUAUCGAUAUCGCACCUCAACGUAAAUUCUGAUUUGCAGGGCAUCCCGAGACCUGCAGCCAGAUCUAGCGCCAUCUAAAUUUGGUAUUGCAGAGCAGCUCUGUUUUUAAAGUAUCGAUUGAAAUGUGUGCUUUCUAAUGUAUUGCGUAACACCUACUGACCCACUUUUACAGUGGUGCAUUUCAUACUGCAAUAUACGCACUCACUCCCUCAAUGGAGGGGUAAAUGAACAACGUCCGUACCUUCUAAAGGAUCCUAGCUAUGUGUUCUCCCUGUCCCAGGUUGUGGCGUUGCACUGCAUGACGUCUAUGUGGGAUAUUCUGCAUGUUUGUGUUUGUUCAUAUGCAGUGGGUUUCACGGUAGGGAAGUCUAUUGGUAAACUCCCAAUCUCCAGUAUUUUUUCCCUCCAAAUAUCAAGUUGUGGUUGACUUUUUCUUCUUUUCUUUUUUUAUUAUUUGACUUUUUAUUUCUUUUCCCUGGCCCUUGCCAGAGGGUUUAUCAAAUAAAAUACAGCUGAAAGCGUACUGUCCUAUCUGAACUCUGAUAUAUCUAAAAGCUCACCCAUAUACACCUUAUGGUAGAUUUAAUUUUUCCCGUCUUUUUUAUUUUUUAUUUUCUUUUUUUCUUUUUUUCUUUUUUUUUUAACUUCCCCUACCAGCUUUACCUGGUUUCUGGUAUUUGUAUCUGACAUAAAUAUACAUUUCUGUAGCCUGCCAGCGAUCACUUUAUUUGUAGUUCAUUUUUUGGGGAGGGGGUAGUCUACCCUGCUUCCAUCUUUAUCUUUUAUUCCUGAAGCAGGAAAUUGCCUGGAAUCAUCCCCAGCUCUUUUUCCGACAAGGAAGCUCUCCUGAUUUAUUAACAGUUUCCAGUUACAGUUCCUGCCCCCCUUUCUUUCUUUUCCUCCUCUUUCUGUAUAAAUUUCCCUGUGUUCUCCUGCAGUAUUCUCUAUACAGAGCAGUGAUCAGGUAAGCGAGGUGGCGUGGACCUGCUGUGUUACUCCAGCUGUUGGUACUAUCUGAGUGCUGGCCCUUGUUUGCUGUGGUGAAGGGAGGUUAAAGAUGGUGCUUGUAAUAUCUUGUUUGUUUUUCCUCUUUUCUCUCGUUUCCCGUCUCUUCUUAUUACCAACCCAUCUUUCUGUCUGUUUUGCAGCCCCGAUAAAAGGCCUUCCAGCAGAAAGGAAGCAAGGUGAGCCCAAUAAAGCAUUGUGCUCUGCAUGCGGUACAGUAUAAAAAGUUCUGCAUGGCGUUAGUUGAUGUCAUGGCAAAGUGCUCUGCGGCCAGUGUUUGGAUGGGGUUAGAAAAAGGGAAACUAAUUAAUCGUGCAUGGCAUGACAUGUUGAGCUAUAAUCCAAAUGAGAGUUCUUUCUGUGCCGUUGCUUUACCAGUUUAAGACCCACUAAGAAUUACAAAUAAAAGUUGCAAAGUGAGAGAAUUUUUUUUUUAAAUGGUUAAAUUCCAAGUGGCUUGAUUAUAUAUUACUAUUUUCUUAAAGGGAGACUUUCUGUGGCUGUCCAAUCACGGACUUCCCAAUGCAGCUCAAUGAGAAGUCUUUGCAAGGCAGGUGCUCUGAGCAAUUGCUGCCUGAGUUUAGCUCCACUGAGCUAAACAAACCAGGAAAUAACAUGAGUAAGUGUCUGACAGCCAGGGAGGUGUUAUACGGUUAGUUUAUAAAAGUGCCAAUUUCUAUUGAAAUCUGCACUUUUUGCAAAAUGAUAAAGAGGACAUACUCUUCAAUCAUAAAGCUUUUCAGCAAGCUAAAAACUGCUCUUGGGUUCUGGAGUGUCCCUUUAAUAAAAAUGUAUUAAUAUGGUGAGUGUGUGUGUUAACAGGAGCUAGACCUUCUCAUGACUGUUCGUCAUGUUCAACGCCUGAUCAGUGGUUGAUGAUCAUCUCUUCUGUUUUAUAGACGGCUACAUAACAGCAGCUUCUUGGCAGAGGAUGCAAUGGAGAGACAUCCCACAGACCUGGCUUAUGAUGAGACAGACCUCACAGAUAAGGUACAGUAUUGAGCAAGACCAAAUGAAGAAAAGGAUGGCAAUGGAGUUAUAGUUACAUAGGCUGAAAAGAGACUUGCAUCCAUGUUGAUGCAAAAGAAGGCAAAAAAAAAAAAACAGUUUGAAGCACUUCCAAUUUUGCAACAAAUUAGGAAAAUAAAUUCCUUCUUGACCCCAGAAUGGCAGUCAAAUUAUUCCUUGGCUCAAGAAGCUAUUACCUUACAUUGAAAAAUUAUAACCUUUAAUAUUCUAUUUUUGCAAGUAUGCAUCUAGUUGCUAUUUGAACCCCUGUAUGGACUCUGAUAAAACCACUUCUUCAGGCAGAGAAUUCCACAUCCUUAUUGUUUUUACAGUAAAAAAACAAUUUCUUUGUCUAAGACAAAAUCUUCUUUCUUCCAGUCUAAACGCAUGACCUCGUGUCCUAUGUAAAAUCUGGUUUGUGAAUAGAUUUCCACACAAUGGUUUGUAUUGGCCCCGGUCCCCUCUUAGGCGACGUAUUUCUAAACUAAAGAGAUUUACAUUUGUUAACCCUUCUUCAUACCAAAAAUGUUCCAUUCCUUUUAUUAAUUUUGUAACUCGCCUCUGUACUCUUCCUAGUGCAAUAAUAUCCUUCUUUAGAACAGGUGACCAAAAUUGCACAGCAUAUUCAAGGUGUGGUCUUACCAGUGAUUUAUAAAGAGGCAAAAUGAUAUUCUCAUCCCGAGAAUGAAUGCCCUUUCUCAUGCAUGACAAUACCUUACUGGACUUGCCGAUUGCUGAUUGACAUUGCACAUUGUUGCAUAGUUUGAUGUCUAUAACAAUUCCCAAGUCCUUUUCGUGUGUUAUCCCUAAUUAACUGCCAUUAAGGGUAUACAUUUCUUGUGCAUAACUUUGCAUUUUUCAACAUUACAUUUCAUCUGCCAUUUGAGUGCCCAGUUCCCCAAUUUAUCUAAAUCCCUCUGCAGCAAAGCAAUAUGAGGCUCACAUUGUAUUACUUUAGAGCGUUUUGGGUCAUCUGCAAACUCUGAAACUUGACUUUCAAUGCUUUUUUUCAAGGACAUUUAUAAAAAGGUUAAAUAGAAGGGGACCCAGAACAGAACACUAAGGGACAAUACUUACCACCUCUGUCCAGCUUGAAAAUUUACCAUUAAUGACCACUUGUUGUACUCUAUCCUUAAAGGACCACUAUAGUGCCAGGAAAAUGUACUUGUUUUCCUGGCACUAUAGUGCCCUGAAAAAAAGGGUUAAUCCUAUCUGGACCUGACACCCAGACAACUUCAUUAAGCUGAAGUGGUCUGGGUGCCUAGAGUGGUCCUUUAACCCCUUAAGGACACAUGACAUGUGUGGCAUGUCAUGAUUCCCUUUUAUUCCAGAAGUUUGGUCCUUAAGGGGUUAAGCCAAUUUUCUACUCAAGAAAAAGAAUUUUCAUCUAGACCGAAUUCUUUAAGUUUGAACACUAAUCUAUUGUGUGGAACUGGUUCAAAUGCCUUGGCAAAAUCCAAAUAGAUCACAUCCACGGCAGCACCCUGAUCUAUACUUCUACUUACUUCUUAGUAGAACGCAAUCAAGUUAGUUGGACAUGACCUGUGCUUCAUAAAACCGUGCUGAUUUUUGCUGAUAACCACUUUCUUCUCAAAAGUUAAUAUAUUUCUGAGCAGAACUAAUUCGUUAAAAUCCACUGUCUGGUUUAAAAUAUGAAAUUCAAACCCUGAACAAAAAGUAUGAUUUGCAUAUGUAUCGAUUCGAUUUCUACCCCCCCCCUUGCCAUAUAGCAGGCAAACAUACAAAGCAAAUUCAUGUGCUUUUUCUAGGCAAAUCGAUUGAAAUUUGUCUGCUGGUAUCUCAAAAAGUUUAAAAAAAGCACCACAAACAAAGAUGGUCUGGGGAAAUAUCCCUCUUUGCCUUCGUAUCACAUGUGAUGGUUGGAAGGCUACCUAUGAAAUAGAUUAAUAUGACUCUGAACACACAGAAAAAAACAAUUUUUCCUUUAUACCCACUUCUUUUUAACUUUGCUUUUCCCCUACAGGUUCUGUACUUGGAGCAUAGAGUGACUGAGCUGGAACGUGAAGCCAGCACCACUGGGGAACAGCAAAAUCGUCUCCGGCAAGAAAACCUGCACUUAUUACAUAGGUGAGUGAACAGAACCCUGAGCUCCAAGCCAGGAGAUAUAGAUAGAUAUAUAUAUAUAUAUAUAUAUAUAUAUAUAUAUAUAUAUAUAUAUAUAUAUAUAUUCUAUAUAAAACAUAUGUUACGGUUUAGACUAGUGUUAUUGUUUUUCGUGUUUACGCUCUUUAUUUUUUUUCUUUCCUUAAAACUACUUUUAACUCUUUGCUGGUCAGAGCACAUGCUUUAGAGGAGCAGUUGAAAGAUCAGGAACUAAGAUCAGACGAGGUCCAAAAUGAGGAGACGCGUAAACACAGAGACGAGCUGCGGAAGAUGGAACGGGACCGUGGGUUCGAACUGAGCAGCCUGAAAGCACGGUGAGUUAAAUUCUCAAAUGUCUGAUCCAGCUCUGAUCAGAUUAAUCGAGACUGUGCCACUUCAGGUCCUUCUCAAAAUAAAUAGCUGUUUUUGCAACUAAUCUUUCUAGACCGUUGUUUACUGAAAGCCUAAUUUGCAAGAGCAAGCUGGAGCAUAAAUAUUUGGAUAGAUCCUGUUUGGAUGGCAGUCACAAAGUGUUUGGUUGUUUUUUUUUCUCAACUAAGUUAAGGUUCCUUUUGGGACGCUGCUUUACCAGUUUAAGACCCACUAAGUCUUACAAAUAAAUGUUCUAAAGAGAGAAUAAAAAAUGGGCAAAUUCCAAGUGACUUGAAAUAUAUUACUAUUCUCUUAAAGUGAGACUCCAGUAUCUGAACAAAAAUGAAUCUGUUUAGUAAAUAAAACACCAAAUGAAAACCUGCAUGCAUGUAAUUAUGUAUUUUUUUUUUAAUUCAGGGUAUAUCUAUUAAGGAAAACUUCUAUGUCAUAAUCUUCAAAUUGAUCAGGGUUGGCCAUUAUCAACCGGUCGAUGAAUCCCUAGAAAGGGUUAAAUAUGAGACAGAUUUUGUGUUAAAGGAACACUAUAGUCCCCAAAACAACUUUUUAUUAAUGAAGCAGUUUUGGUGUAUGGAUCAUGCCUCUCACUACUCAAUUCACUGCCAUUUAGAAGUAAAAUCACUUUUGUUUCUGUCCAUGCAGCCGUAGCCCCUACUCCCCAGCAGUGACUCUCACAGGCUGGAUGAAAUAAAAAUGUUUACUUUCAAUCAGAUAUAACUUACUUUGAAAGUUUAUCUCCUGCUCCCGAAAUUGAACUUUAAUCACACACCGGAGGCUCUUGCAUGGUCUAGCAAGCUAUUAACAGUACAGUGGAUAAGCGUUUUUAAAUUAAACGUAAUUUGCAAUAAAGGAAGUCUAAAUAUUAGAUGACUCUUUACAGGAAGUGUUUAGGAAGGCUGUGCAAGUCACAUGCUGGCAGGUGUGACUAUGGUGCAUAAACAAAGAUAUUUAUCUCUUAAACUGCAGAGAGUUGAGCAGUGAGACUGCAGGUGCAUGAUAUAUACACCAAAAUGGCUUCAUUAAGCUAAAGUUAUUUUGGUGACUAAAGUGUCCCUUUAAUUGCUUGCUGAUGUGUCUACAUUGUUUGGCAGGCACCAUUUAAAAAUGAAUAGCCUUGAGUUAAAAUCACAUUUUGCAAUUUGAAAAUGUGUUUCUAUAUAACCCCUUACUUUUAUAAACUGGGUUAAAUGAGGAUACUCCUCACCCAUAAAGCACUUCGGCAAGCUGAAGUGCUCUUAGGGUGUGGAGUGGUCCUUUAAGUACCGAGGACCUCUAGUUAAUUGGGGUAAACUAUGCGAUGAGUCUUUUUUUUUUUUGCAUGAACUAUUUAUAAUUUUUAAUUUUUUGCGGUGCAUAGUAUAAGUACAUCCGGGCUCGAGGUACCCCAACGGCAAUCCUCUAGCAACAGGGCUGUGGUUUGCUUUUAGUUAGUUCCUGUCUCUGUCUUGCGGAUAGUUUAGUCGGGCUCUGCUGCUUGAGCGCCGGCCAUGUUUGAGCCUUCAACGUGGGUACAUGUUGUUCCGCUUUCCUGGGCAUGUGGGAGGCAUUAUGUAGGUUGCGCCCCCAUGAGGAGACUGCUCCCUCUGAUGCCGUUGCUGAUUUUGGAGGGUGUCUCCGAGGCGAGCUUUUACCCUCUGGUAGUUUACCCGGGUGGGUGUAUGCGCCUCUCGGCACGGAGCGUUUCCCGCCUCGCCGCCAUGUUAGGGCUCGGCAUGGCCUCGCAACUGCGGCCUUCUGCUGUGUGACCUGGGUUGGUUUGUGCUGCGAGUAGUCACCUGGCAGGCUCCGGACAUGCUGGUACUGCUUACUUUCCAGCUUGCGCCAGAAGUCGUCGAAAAUCCUGUCCAGCCUAGCCAGGAUAUCAGGGUUGUCCUCCGUCUUGUCGGGGGCCCGAUCUGCGCCCGCAAUGUUGGCUGUGUCGCUGCAGGUUGUGGUAACCGCUUUGGCCUUGUCUCUAUCUCCCGCUAGGUCUGUGAGGCCUCCCAGGGGUGGACCGGGAUAACCCCCACCGGUCCGAGGGGGGGGGGUAAUGGGGUUCUCGUGUGCUGUUGCGUACCAUCAGACAACUCCAGGUCGGAGGAUCGGCCGCCUCCUCCGUCCGGUGUGCCCUUGGCCGCAUGGUUGGAACAGUGCAGCAGAUGUGCUCUUUGUAGAUUUUUACACCCCACAGUGGGUCCCAGGAGGGUCAGGAGUUGUAUGCUUCUAUAAAGUCGUUCCCUCUGAGGCUGAAUGUGGGUGAGAACUGUGGUUCAAGCUUGCCUAGGAGAGGAGCUCCUGCAAAACACCUCUCUCCUCCAUGACAGUCAGGCCUGCAUCGCGAUGAGUCUUUUUUUAAUUCCCAUACUCUAUGUUGUGGGUUAAAGGGAAAACACGACAUAAAUAUGCAUUAUUAUUGAUUUGAGCAAGACAGUUUACAACUAAAUAUGCAAUUAUUUUUGAACUGGUUUCCCCAAGUACCUAGUCUACGGUUGGUUCGACAGCCUAGCUGAUCUACAUCCUUAUUGCCCAGCCAUAACUUCCUUGUUUCUACUAAGAAGUGAUCAAUAAAAUAAAUUAUUCUCCUAGACAAGCAUGGUGGACAGAUAGUACAUUUAGAAGCUGCAGGCAUGGAAGAGUUAUUCUUUAUUCCAGUGACGUUUUGAUUUGUUUAUUUGGCUUCAGGUAAUGUCACACAGGAGGCUACUAGGCAGUAGCAGGUAAUUAACAGAUCAGGAGAUUAAAAACUUCUAUAGCAAGCGCUGUCUGCAUGUGGACACUGGAAACUCUAAUCUUAAGGUCUUUAGGAAUUUUCAUGCUGUACUAGAAACAGGGCUAUGAAGCCUCUUAAAAUGGUUUGAAGCAUUGGUCUUACAUUUAAUGGAGUUGCACGCCCUUACCUUCCGGGAUCGGAUGCAGGGACUUCCUCAGCAACUGAAUUAGUCCCCUGUGAUUUAGUUGGUAGUCUUUAGGGUAACGUAAUCAUGGUGACAAGCAGUCACUGCUAUUCCUAUAACACACACACACACACACGACAAACACCAGCUUUGUCAUUAACACAGACUCUUUUCCCACUCUGAUUUGGGGCGCCAGAGGAAGGGUGGUCAGAGAUACAAAGAAAGGUAAGAGAAAGUAUUCCAGCAUUUAAAAGGGAGUUAAUCUGUUAACUCCUUUUUAAAUCAAUGAUCAGUUCAACUGUUCUGUAUUUUUUUAUUUUUUAUUUUUUUUUUAUUUUGGGAGGGGUUUGAGUUUUUUUAUUUUUAUUUUUUUUUAAAUUACAUUUUUUUUUGGUAAGCGUUAACUUUUUCCUUUCACUUUAUAAAAUUUAAAAACCUACUCUUUCUGAUCCGGUUUUUGCUGUGAUCAAUAAAAUACUGUACAUUUUUUGGAGGGUAGUAGGGAUUUAAUGUUGGUAGUGUGUAGUUAAAAGAACAGAGAGGAUUGUUUUGUCUUUUUGUUUGUGAAUAAAAACGGUGCGUCACUGUAUUGCAAAAGAGGCCUACUCCAUUCAUUUUCACAUACAACACCUUGUUAUGGAAUCAGAACUGACAUUUCAAGGCUUCCAGAGUUGGACGGUAAUUUUAACGGACCUCAGAAAUCAUGUACACAUUUAUUUAUUUUUUUGCUUUUAGAGUGCAGGAGCUGGAAGCGGAGAACUUCGAACUCCGAUCUCAACUGCCUACUGCCAAGGCUACAACGCAGAGGCUGGAAGAGGUGAGAACAAACAGUGAUACUUUUUAUGAUUACUAGUAAUCAAGCUGUUUGGAUGUUAUCGUAAGGAGAAGUUGCAUUUAGAAUAGUUUUACUGCUAGAAUAUACCAGUUUGUAUCACUAGAAUAAUCUCUUAAUACCUUCAUUUUUCAUCAGAAUGUGGUUCUGUCCUUCACAAAAUGUGGGGAAGUCAAGUGAACCUUCAGAAAUCUUUAACUUGAAUCAAAUAUUGUGCUGGAAAACUAUUCAGCAAAUGUGUAGCUUAAACUCUGCUUCCUCAUUUGGAAACAAACGUCAACUAAUCCUGGUUUGGGCCGGGGCUUGCGACAAGAGUACAACUUCAUUUAUGUUGCAUCAGUUGCCUCUCAACAGCUUGGAAGUGUGUUUCCCCAUUUAAAACUUUUUUUUAUUAAAACGUAAAAGUUUUUCAAAGCAUCAGGGAUCAUAUUUACAAAUUAACCAGUUUUCCAGACAAGAAUGCAAUGGGUACAACAGUAAAUACGUGGAGGUGUGGUAGUGGUGUGGCUCUCAUGCAGACAUCCUGUGUGAGAGUCGCUUGAUGCCAGUAUGUGGCAGCGUAUUCCCAGCACCCACAGCCUUGCUGUCAGUGAGGGGAAGACUAAUCUGGUGAGUGCACACCUCUCCUGCUCCGCAACACUAGACACCAGGGAGAGCUGCCCAAAGCAGAGUCUCUCUUUACUCCCUUGCUCCCUCAGACAGCAGGCAAGCAGGGAUAUUAUAACUGUGUAUGUUAGUUUGCAUCUGUAUGUGUAAGGCUGUGUAUGCAUGUCAUUGCGUGUCUUUGUACUAGACCCAGGGUGAUCGGACCUCACAAAGAGUUGGGUGGUGAAGGUAAGCAUGCUGGACAGACCAAAGAGUUUGUAGGUGAUGAUGGUUGAUAAUUUUAAUAUGAAGACUGGUAAUCUGAGAUAAACCGACCCAUGUUAAGUUAGGUGGAAAUGAAGAUAGAUGGUGAUAUGGCAAAGGGUUGAAUAGUAAUUGAGAACGAGAACUGUGUUGGGAGACAUAGCUGAUGGAUGAAGAGCGUUGGAUGGGUAAAUCCAGCAAUCUGUGAUUAAGUAAACAAUAAUGUGCCAUCUUUCAACAUGGUUUGUAGGAGAACCAGAAGCUGAGAGAUCAGGUGGAAGAACUGCGGCAACAAGUAAAAGAAAAUAAGGAACUUAAUCAGAAACUCGGUGGAAGACUUAACAAAGAAAAGCACAAACAGCAGAGUGAGAGGGAACGAUCACAAGAGGUGAGUUCCCACCUCUUACCAGCAGUACUCUGCCCAAACCGUAUGUCUCUACAGGUCUACCCGCAGACUGCGUGGCUUUUCUUUUCCAUACCGUGACUGAUCUUUUACGCAGACACAUGUACACCUAUAGAGGGGUCUCGUACAAAGUGUGGUGACCAACUCUGACCUGGUAGUUUUCCUGUCCGUAUACUUGUCUGCCUCGAAGGGUGAUCGUGAAGUCUGACAAUUUAUUAGUCUGGCUCCUUGAUGUGCGAGACUCAAUGUAGCUCCUCCUGCACCUAGAACUGUGAUUAAAAUACAUGCUCACAAUCAACCAUGUUUUCAUAGAGGCUUCAGUUAUCAGUCAGAGGGUAUUGGUAUUAUUCAGAUGGUUAAUAUUAUCAGAGCUAUUACAGAGCUAGUGUUUCACCAAUAUAAUAUUUCCCCACAGGUUAUCUAUUCUAAAAUAUACCGUUUACACGCAUGGAUUCCGUGCUUAUUUUCUGUUCACUAUGCACAAAUGCCAUCUAUGAAUUGUACAUAGGAUAUUAAAGGAACACUAUAGACACUUCAGCUCAUUGACGUAGUCUGGGUGCAUUGUCCCUAUUGCACUUUGUGCUGCAAUGUUAAAAAUUGCAGUUCCAGAGAAACUGUCUGCCCACAGUGGCUGUCUCCCAGACAGUCACUGAAGGCACUUCCUGGAUCGAAACAAACCUUUGGUCCAGUAUCUGACGCUGGACGUCCUCCCGCUCUGCAUGAGGACCUCCAGUGUCAGAUUUUUCUCCGUAGGAAAGCAUUGAUUCAAGGAGAGACAUUGGUGCUGAGAUCAGGUAAGUAAAGGGUAUUUAACCCUUUAUUCACUGAUUUUGGGGUGGGGGGGGGGGUGAGGCAAGGGAGGUGAGGCAGAGGGAACUUUAGUGCCAGGAAUACCUCUUUGUAUUCCUAGCACUUUUAGUAUCCCUUUAAUACACAGCCAUCCCUGGCUCCAGAGUAAACAGACACCACCUGGUUGGUUUACAGUUUAAGAAUACAUUGAUCACCACGCAGGCCAGGUACCUAGAGCAUUGCUUUAUCCAUUAUCAGAUUUUAAAGAUGAUCAGGACAGGAAUUGAUAGUUUCAUUGCAUUAUUUCAAUUUGUGAUUUAAAAAAUACAUUUAAAAAAAAAAAUUGGCAACAGGUGAUUGAGGAGCUUCGCCGGGAACUUGAACAGAUGCAACUGAUGCGACUUGAAAUGGAACACCGCCUGGGGCUUGGAAAUAGCGCCGCCCUGCAAGAAUAUAACAGCCGAACUCGGGAAACUGAGCUAGAGCAGGAAGUGCGAAGACUUAAACAGGUAUAAAGGGGUUGUAAAGUGUGACCUGAGGUCUGACCUGCAUUACAAAUUUAUGCUUCUGAGCUCUAUGGAGCAAGUUUUUAUUAAAAUCAAUAAAAUAAUGCUGCAAGACAGCCAGUGUUAAUUUUUGGUGGCCAUUUUCAUUUCAAGUUUUAGUCAGUCUUUCGUCUAAAGUCAUUUUAAUUUUAGUGAUCUGAAUCGACACAACUAAAAUCUAAUGGGUUUAGUUAAAGCCUCUGUCUCUUUUGUCCCACCCCAGCCCCUCCAGAUGUGUCUCUCCAAAGCCCUGGUCUGUCUCUUUUUCCCCUUCCCCAGCCCAUCUGUGUCUAUUUGUGUCCUCACAGCCCCUCUAGGUGUCUCUCUCCCAAGCCCGUUUCUUUUGCCCCUACCACCGCCCCUCUGUGCAGUGUUAAUUUUGGCAGCAAAUUUCAAUUUAUUUUAGUCGUGUUUUGACUAAAAAGCAAUUUUAGUUUUAGUCGUAUUUUAGUCUACUAAAUAAAAUUUGACUAAAAUUGGUAGUUGACAAAACUAACACUGAAGACCGCCAAGCUACCUGUUGUGGAGAGAAAAUUCCAUCAAAUUUGUUUCUUUUUCAUUUCAGGAGCAACGGACCCUGAAGGACCAAAAUGAGGAGCUGAAUGGCCAGAUAAUUAACCUCAGUAUCCAGGGAGCCAAAAACCUUUUCUCCACCACGUUCUCGGACUCAUUGGCAGCUGAAAUCAGCAGUGUUUCCAGAGAUGAGGUAAGGAGGAGUUUUAGUUGGUUCUAGAAUGUAGUAACAGCAGAUAUUUCUAGAUUUGGGUUCAUGAGGGUUUUUUUGGGGUGGGGAGGAGGUUGUUUUUAUUGUGAGAAGGUGUGGUGUAUGAAUGAUUAAUGGUUUAUUUUCUUUGGUGUGGUGUGUUGAGGCUUAACUGGUAAAUGUAUUACUUUUAUGAAAAUAAUUGUGAGAUUAUUCAGUGUCUUACAAAUUUGACGUGGGGCCAGUAUUAGUGGCAACCUAAAAUCAUAGCUAUUUCUUACGGUAUUAUAGAAUUAAUUUUGACUAGACCCUGGUUGAGAAAAUCUGGUAUUUUAUAGAGUUGAGUUAUGUCUUGUCUCAAAUCCCCAUUGUAUCCUUUAGAGUGUAAGCUCAUGGGCCAUCUAGCUAAACACUUUGUAUAAAAGAGCUCCAGUGGCUAAAUAUCAGCUUACAGGCAGGGCUCUCUCUACUAUUUGUCUGUGUAUAUUGUACGUUCUCCACUAAUUGUACAGUGUUGCGGAUUCUGUUGGCGCUUUAUAAAUACCAGUAAAAAAAUAAAAAAAAAUAAACGUGUGACCAGUCCACUGACAUACAAAAUAAUUGGAAUGGUUAGAUUUAGGGGGUUACUAGAAUCUAGAAGUUUGGUUUAGUUCAAGAAAGAAUGAAGCUAUUGUCUUCUGAACUAAUGAGGUAAAUGAGCUGGUUAUUUUCGUUCUAAAGCAGGUUAGUGUAUCUAGAAAUGUUCUGAGAAUCUGGAGAUUCCCAGAGCUGUAAAACCUGGAGAAUCUGUAGUCUGUUGAUAAUGACUCUGGAUAGUCUAGAUACUAUUCAACCAUGAAAGCAUUGCUAUCCUUCUGGUUCCUUGAUUAUCUUUUCUACUUUCCCUUACUUAAUUACACGUUUCUCAAAACAGCUCAUGGAAGCUAUUCAGAAACAAGAAGACAUCAACCUUCGACUGCAGGACUAUAUUGACCGCAUAAUCGUGGCCAUCAUGGAGACCAACCCUGCCAUCUUGGAAGUGAAGUAAGAACAGGGAGCAUACAGAGCAGGGGUGCCAAAAAGUAGAUCCCCAGAUGUUUAAACUCACAGCUCCCAUGAUGCUUUAUUCUAAAGGCAUACGAAGCAUCAUGGAAGUUGUAGUCUGGGGAUCCACCUUUUGGGCACCACUGAUGUAGAGUUUGUGUGUACUGGAGUUUGGGGAUCUAGAAUUUUGAUGAAAGCAAGGUUUGAUAAUACAGAGUCCAGAUGCAUAGGGAAUCAAUAAAUCAAUGAGAAUAUCACACCGUCUUAGUAUACAGGAAGUUGAGCAAUUUAGAAUCCGAAUAACCGUUUUGUAGGAUGACGCUGUUCAGGGAAUGUGAAGACCAAUCUCUUUUUUUUUUUUUUUUUUGCAGAAUUCAUUAGCACCAUGUGUUCUCUAAGAAAGUGGGGACGAUUGCCUAUGAUCUUUAAAUCAGAGGAGGCAGAUCUGGCCCUGGACACGUUGGACUCUUGCCAAUGCACCACGCUAAGACAUUUUGUGAAGAUUAUCACUCCGGACAUGUACAGUGUACCUGGCCCUCUCAGCAGAGGGAGAAAGAUGGGCAUCUACACCUCCUAUACUUAAAUGGUGUCCUAAUAUUCGUCACAUGAAGAAAUUGUCUCAUAAAACGUUCUACCUGUCACACAGGGACACCAAAUACCCUCGGUAUACUCUAUGUACUGGGGCUCCAAAUGAUGCACACAAUUAUUCCAUGUCUCUUGGCAUACACUAAAUAUACCAGGGACCCCAACCCGGAUGCCUUUCUCUCUCCUGUUAUGAGAAACUGAAGGUGCAACUCACUGAUUCAGUGGGAUUACUGUAUAUUGCCACCUACUGGCUAAAAAUGAGAAUGUUCACCACAGUCAAACAAAUGUGUUUUGUUGUGUUUUUUAUUUUAUUUUUUAUUGUACAUGUGUAAAUUGGAGAACCUAUUUCAGAAAUAUUAUCUAGGAAGUCUGUAUAUAGCAUUGCGUCAUUACACAGGUGUGGGUAUGUCAGCUUGUGUAUAUAUACAUAUAUAAUGUCACAAAAUGUGCAUAUUAUAUCUGUAUAUAUCAUAUAUACCCCAGAUUGCACUAUAGCUGUAGAAUACACUCUGUAUAGAACACAAAUGGAUAACCUUUAGCACUGCAGUUGUGAUUUUCUUAGCUCUUAUCCUAAGCCUCAUGGUAAAUCUUCCCAAUUGCUGGUUCUUUGCAGUUUUUUAAAACAGCUGGUUUAGAUUAUCAGAUCAUGAAAAAUGUAGAUUAACAGAUCAAGAUUUUAUCCUUAAAUACAUCUGAAUUGGGUAUCGCUAUAUACAGAGAAUGAAAUUAAUGGUAUUAUUUCAUAUUCUUGAGCUAAAUUAUGCUCCCAGGAAUGCUAGCUAGAGUCUACCUAUUGUAGAAAAGACCAGAAUCUGUUUGUUGAGAACACUUGCAAAUAUGUAAAUUCCUGAUAAAAAUGUACAGAUAGAGUAUGGUGUAUUAAGGUAUACACAAUACAUUCAUGUAUGUAUGUGUGUGGUUAAUUGUAUAUUCAUAUAUAAGCACCAUUCUCCAAUGCCCAGACUGCUGUUGCGGCCUCUCCUCUCUCCCCACAACCCUAAUUGGUGGAUUUAUUUAUUUAUUUAUUUUUUUUUGGUGCUGCAAUUAAUGCAAGGUUGGCUAACUGGCUACACUACAACUCUCCGCAUCCUCAAACAAUCAUUGGCCUGCUGGGGAAUGAUAAAAGCUACAUAGUCUUGGCUUAUCCAGCUUUGGAUGGAUUCUAAACAGGCCCGUACUGCUACUGAGAGGUUUAAAAUGUACAAUAAUCGUUCUGGGAGUUUUUCUUAAACUCUCGCCUCCAGCCCCCCUCCUGUCUUUUAUUUUUAUUUAUUAGUUUUUUUUUUAUACAUAUAUAUACGCAGUCGAAACUCUCGUUUUUAGAUACUUUUGAAGAACGUUUCUAUAUGUGUAUGUAUAUAAGUACAUAAAAAUAGAUAUCUAUAUAAAUAUAUAUAUAUAUUGGUUGAUCUGUAAAUAUUACAGGGUAUGAGAAGGGGUAGAAUAUUGCCUCUUGUAUGACACACUCCUGCAGAAUGAUGGAAAUUUAUCUUUAAUUGUGUCACGGUGUAAGUGCCACGAAUAUAAUUUAUUGAAGAUCCAGUGAUAUUGAUAAAUGGACACAUCAGUCUCUUGAAUUGUAAGAGUUUGUAACUUACACCUUCGCACGUGCACCUUCUGAUCACAAAAUCGCAAACCGUCUCCUCGAUUAAUUAUGUUGAGUGGGAUGUGGGCUAUAAAUCACUUAAAUUUUUCUACCCUUAUUUUUUUUUUUUUUUAAACCUUUUUCACUCCCCCUACUUGCACUAUUUUUUAUUUAUUUUUGAAUUGGUUUAUUUUUAAUUUUAGUAAAGGUCCUUCCCAUUUUAUUUUUUUUAACCAUAAUCUGCUAAAAAAAAAAAAAAAAAAAAAAUUCUUGGCCAGUACUGGUCAUAGUCUGUUCCCUUAAACCAGACAAACUCUGUUGCAAACUCUUAUUUCUAUUGAAUUUCCACCAAUCCCGCAGCAUUUUGGAUCCUGCCAAGUUCAAUAUCUGCUUUACCGUGAACUGCUACUUCAGUACGAUUUGUCUUGGUAACUGUAAAUUGAGUUGGAAUAGACUCUUGUCUUUAGAAGGUCUGUUCCAUGGCCACUGUUCUGCAGAGAUAAGAUGAUGUAUAUUUAGUCUUUGUCUAACUCCACAAACACUAGUUAUCUUUAAAUUCCAGUAAAAUAUAUGAAUUCUAAUGUUCAAAUAGGAUGGUGAUGAGUUAUUGUCAAGCAAAUGCUAUAUUUAAAAAAAGGGAAUGUCCACGAAUGUCCUUCUAUAAUAGGUUUCUCUCAUGAUUUUGAUCUACAGAUAUCCUGUCUAGGGUUGGUGAUCAGUUCGUGUCACAUUUUUGGAGAAUGCCUAUUCGAUGUAGAGGCCAUAAUGUGCCAUUGGCAACGUUCUAACCAAAGAAAACCAAUCUUGAGUGUGACUUAAAAUGCUGAAGCAAAUAGUGUUCGUGUUCUAGUGGGUGCUCUAGAACUGUCAAGGACUCGUCAGUGAUUUUAACACAAAAUAAAAACCAUAAAUGGAUUCAACUUAGGGAUUUAUGUAGCUCCUUUUUAAAGGGGCUGUUCCAAGAAUUUUUCCUUUUUUUUCCUACUUAGUGUUUAAAUUUCAGUUCUAAAGACUUAUGUGUUUAAAACACAUUCCCAGUAUUUAAUUUUUCUUUCUCCAUUUGUGCCUGCCUUUCCUUAUUUUAGAUACACUGGGGAUUUAAUUUUAUUGAAAGAAAAGGAUGCAGGUCUGUAUUUUUGUCCUUGCAUUACACGAUGCAACAAGUGUCCAUUAAUGAGUUUUUGGUUUAUUUUGUGGCACUGUAGGUGGAACGGCACACUUUUAAUUUAGAUCAGAAAAAUCAUCAGAAUUUAUAUUGGAACACACGAGAAAUUCUUUACAUUGUUGGACAUAUACAAAUUUUUAUUUAUUUUAAGUAAUAUCAAUCUUAACCACCAGGGUGCACUGUGACACUGGUUUACUUCUCUUAUCAAACUGAUUAGGAUCAUCAAGGUGGCUGCACUGGCAAAUGGAGUUAGGGAGCAUGAACGAUGAUUUACUUGUAUAAAGAACAACUUGUUUAAUUAUCCUGGAGAUCAUUUGCAUUUUCUUUGUGUAUUUUCAGAAAUUUCUGGUGAGAAAUAAACUCCAUUUGAUUGAAAAA